AGAAGUGCUUCGAGAGCCGGAGGGUGCGGAACUGUAUCGGGAUUUGAAAAGUGCAUAGGGGCAGGGCUUGGCUCCUGCAUGGCUCUGCCGGUUCUGCCGAGGUGCGUGCCUUGUUCUUGAUUGUGUGUGAGGCGGGGGGGGGGGAGUAAAUAGUUAAUCCGGAUUAAUGUGAGCGGAGGGGGGUGGUGAAUGGCUAAUCCGGACUGGGAAGGGUGUGUUGCCAACCUAAAGCGGGUCUUUAUUGAGAGGAAGAGAAGUCAACGGGUUAACUGGAUUCGGGAACCGCAGUGGACUAGAUCCGGAUUGCAGAGGAUGUGUGAGGCUAGUAGAUCCGGAUUGAAGAGGAUGUGUGUCCCAAAUCUGGACAGCGCGUCUGGCUUGUCGGUAAUCCUGAAAAUGGGUGCGCAACUCGGACAUCGGUUUCAGGAAAGGCUACACAUUUAAGCGCUACUAAAGAGAUGUGCGUGUGCAAUGAAAUUCCUUAAUCUGGAUUAAAUGGGAUUUCUCACCCCACACCUCCCUCCUAUACUUGCUGUUAACUUCGUGUGUUGCUGCCCUUUCCUGACACCUGGUUCUGGGCCCCUGAAGUACCAGGUGCUGUCGUUGCUGGAGUGUGUGUGUGGACAUCGGUUGGCACUUACCUGGGAGCUGCAGAAAGAUUUAAAAGUUAGCAUUCCCUUGCUUUUUCACUAUUUUAAUAGUCAUUGUGCCAUAACCAUGUAGACCUUCUAUUUCUAGAUCUAUUGAACCUCGAAACUAUUGGGUUUCUUGUUCCACUCUGGAUGAAAGACCUUGCAUAACUGCACGUUAAACUGCCUGUGGGCUAUGCCCCCACCUUUCCCACGGAUACUUUUAAAAAUAACGACUUAAAUCAAUAUACACUGUAUAUUAUUUACUGUCUUUUGACCCCCCCCCCCAAAAAAGCUCAGGCUAAUAUAUGUCUGGGUCAGCCUGCUCGAUCCUCUCAACAACCCUGUGAGGUAGGCUUGUGGAGAGGAUGCAACAUAUCCAAGGGAGUCUGAUGUCUGAAUAGGCACCUGAAGCCUCUUUCUCCUGGUCCAAAUCAGUUUCCAUUCAUUUCUUGUCAGCCCUGUGUUACCUCGUGUGUCUGGUCCAAAUCAGUUUCCAUUCAUUUCUUAUCAGCCCUGUGUUACCUCGUGUGUCUGGAUAUAUAUAUAAUAUCUCUCUGUGUGUGUCAGUGAUGACACCAGCCCGGUAAGUAUGCUGCCUGCAUGUUUGUCACUCCCAAUUAAAAUGAAGCAAUUUCUUGUGAGUAGUCAGUUGUGCCGACUUCCGCGAGGCUUAUUUUCCUGAGUCAGCCCUUCUCCCCCCCCCCCCAAUAUGUUGGGUAUCUGGGUGGGCAAGAUGCUAGCUGGCCCACUGCCUUUUUGGCAGGCUUUGGAAUCGGUAUGCGUCUGAGCUGGGUGGAAAGCUUUUCUCCCUGAUGAGUUGAGAAACUCUGGCGCUCUGCUUGAGGCUCCUUGCCUGGCCAAACUCUUGGAAAACGGAGUUGAGAGAGGGGGAGAGGUCUCUCUCUCUCUAGGUCUGGGGUUGUGUGUCUUGAGGGACUCAUCAGAGUUUCCUGGAAGCCAGUUGGCCGGUGUGUGUGCAUGAGAGACAGAGAGAUCUACGAUGUUCUCGGCCAGGACUGGCGUUCAGACGGUCUCUUUUUCCAGUUUGGGGAUUAGCAGCCAGUGAAUCUGGCUGCCCUGACUCCAUUUGCCUUUCAACACCCUGUUUAAUGACUCCGGGGGAAAGACCUCCCAAUUAUUAUCUCUUUCCCUCCUCUCCACCCCCCCCCCGCCUAACGCAGCUGUGGUUUGUUCUCUUCCAGAGUUCCUCCUCCGAGCCGGCUGUUCGGAUGCUAAGCGGGCCACGCUCCCAGAGUUUGCACACGGAAGCGGUGUCUUGAGACCACUGUGAGGGUCUUUUCUUUGGUGGGGGGCAGAAGGUGGGAAGCUGGACGUUGACCGGGGGACAUGUCGGAGGAGAGGCUGUUAAGCAUGGACGAGGGGGCGCUCCGGAAAUUGGUGAGUUUUUCCCGGGAUGCCUGCCCUAUGGAAGGUGCCUGCAGAUUGCUGCAGAGGAUUUAAGAAAGUUUUGGGUACCUAUCGCUGGCUACUUGUGGGUUCAGAUCACCAAUUCCACACUAGGGAUCGUUAGGAGUGAAUGAAACUGCCGAUGUAACAGUUGUACAAAUCUAUGAUGCAAAUGCAUUGAGAGCACUGUGUACGUUCUGGCCGCCUCAUCUCAGAAUGGGUAUUGAAAACUUGGAAAGGGGCAGCUGAAAUUAUCAGGGGAGUGGAGCAACUCCCCCAGGGGGAAAGGUUGCAGUGUUUGGGACUUUUUAGUUUAAAGAUAAGGCAAAAUGCGCUCGAGUCCGGCUUGUGGGUUUCCCACAGGCAUUGGUUGGCCGCUGUGAGAACAGAAUGCUGGACUAGAUGGGAUAUUGACUUCAUCCAGCACUGUUCUUCAUGUGCUCUUAGAGUCCAGAGUGAAGCCAGGGGGCUUUCAAGAGUGCCUUCUCCACCCAGCACCCUUCUUGCGUCUCAGAGCCUGGGAGGUUUGCAGAUCUUCGAUUGAAGAACGACAGAGGGUUGGGGUUUUUUGUGCAUUUGUCUUUCACCAUGGAAGUCAAGGUGGUGUAUUUUGGGGCCUCCAGGUAGUCUUCACUCCAGGUAGAGUGUCUGGAAGCACCUGCUUUGCAGGCAGAAAGACGCAGGUCCAAUCCUUGACAUCUCCAGGCAGGGCUUGGAACGUCCUGUGGCUGAAACCCUGGACAGGUGCUGCCAGUCAGUGCAGAUCUUACUGAACUGGAUGGACUCAGUGGUCUGAUGCUGUACAGUGAAGGUCUCUGGCUCAGUGAAAGAGGAUCUGCUUUGCAUGCAAAAGGUUCCAGGUUCAGUCUCUAGAGUUUCCAGGCAAGGCUGGGAUUGUUCUGUUCCGGAAGCCCCAGAGAGCUGCUGCCAGUUAGUGUAGACAAUACUGAGCUAGAUGGACCUAUGUUCUUAGACUUGUCUAUUGUCGGCCAUAACAUGUUCUUCCACCAUGAAAUGGGAGAAAAAUAGUACUACUACUAAGAAUAAUUUUAUUAUUUAUAUGUCGCCCAUUUGACUGGAUUGCCCCCAAUCUAAGUAAUACUCAGAAUAGUAGAUCUAAUAAAAUGAAUGGGCAAUAGUUCAGCGGGUCUUUUCUGAAUACAAUAAAUCUUGGUUGUUAUUAUUACUACAAGAUUAUUACUUUUUAAAAUCCUUAAUGAAGGCUUGCAGGAUGGUUUACCUUGCUUUCAGGCAUAAAAUCUUGAAAGUACAUGGCACAAAAGGAAAAUGGACUGGGAGGGCAGAGGAAAUAGUAAGCAGAGUACAAGUUCUCAUGACCACCUGAAGUGAAAAAGCUCAAGGUGAGAUGCCAUCAAAAGGUGCUGGCUUCCCUGUUGCAUCAAUGGAGUGGCCCUGCGUCCCUUCUCUUUCUUCCUUACUUUAUCCUGAUGGAAUAGCUAUUGCUGCCAGGUGACAGCUGAUGGAGGGAGGAGCCCAGCUUCUCUGCAGAGCUGGUAGCGGCCCAUAUAUAUGACCAUCGUCAUAUACUGGCCAUCGUUUUUGACAUUGAGGCCAUCGUACACUGAGUCAGUCCAUCAGUCCCAUCUAACCCAGUACUGCCUACACUGACCAGCAGCAACUCAAUGGCCGCCUUCCUCAACCUGGUGUCCUCUAGAUGUUUUGGACUGCAAUUCCCAUCAGUCCCAGCUGAUGUCAUGGGUGCAGAAUUCUGCACCUGCCAAGGGAGCUUAUUGAGUGCACCGUGCUUCCGAAUAAGCACAAAGGAAGGGCCCAAUCCUGACCUCUGUUUAGAAAUUGCAAGCCACCAGGCGAGGUCACUCAGCUUGCCAAUAAUAGACUUGAAAUGCAACGUGGACUCUUGUAAGCCCAGCUCCAGCCUGGUGCCCUCUAUGUACAGUAAUCCCACAACGAACACACAUUUAACUAGUGCGCAUUCAGCUUUACAUGCUUGGCAACUUAAAAAAAUAAUAAUUAAAAAGGGGGUGUAAAGAGGACAUGCAUCUGGGGUGUGUGUGUGUGUGUGUGUGUGUGUGUGUGUGUGUAAACUUGGGCAGUCCCUCCCGCUAUUCAUCUCAGUGUGUUUCGACUAUAUCUGAUUUUGGCUUUUAAGAGUGAUCCCCGAAAUGUAACCUUGGGCAGGUUGAGGGCUCGCUUUAUCGCUGGACUGUAGUUCCCAUCAGCCCCUGCUUCAUAUGGCUGUGCUUGACUGGGGCUGAUGGGAGUUGUAGUCUUAACAACAUUGCCAGGCUAUGUUCUGCCUCCACGAUGGCUGUGUUCUGCUUCCAAAGGCAGGAUGACUCUGAAUGCCACUUGCUGGGAAUCCCAGCUCAGAUCCUGCUUUUAGGCAUCACAUAAGCAUCUGGUGAGGGACGCGGGUGGCGCUGUGGGUAAAACCUCAGUGCCUAGGACUUGCUGAUCGCAUGGUCGGCGGUUCGAAUCCCCGCGGCGGGGUGAGCUUCCGUCGUUCGGUCCCAGCUCCUGCCCACCUAGCAGUUCGAAAGCACCCUUAAGUGCAAGUAGAUAAAUAGGUACCGCUUUAUAGUGAGAAGGUAAACAGCGUUUCCGUGUGCUGCGCUGGUGCUGGCUCGCCAGCUGCAGCUUCGUCACGCUGGCCACGUGACCCGGAAGUGUCUUCGGACGGCGCCAGCUCACGGCCUCUUGAGCGAGAUGAGCACGCAACCCUAGAGUCGGACACGACUGGCCCGUACGGGCAGGGGUACCUUUACCUUUACCUUUAAGCAUCUGGUUGGGACGUGGGUGGCGCUGUGGGUUAAACCACAGAGCCUAGGACUUGCCGAUCAGAAGGUCGGCAGUUCGAAUCCCUGUGAUGGGGUGAGCUCCUGUUGCUCGGUCCCUGCUCCUGCCAACCUAGCAGUUUGAAAGCACGUCAAAGUGCAAGUAGAUAAAUAGGUACCGCUCCGGCGGGAAGGUAAACAGCGUUUCCGUGCGCUGCUCUGGUUUACCAGAAGCGGCUUAGUCAUGCUGGCCACCGGCUGUACACCGGCUCCCUUGGCCAGUAAAUUGAGAUGAGCGCUGCAACCCCAGAGUCGUCCGCGACUGGAUGGUCAGGGGUCCCUUUACCUUUAAGCAUCUGGCUAGGGCCGCUGUGAGAACAGGAUGCUGCACUAAACAGGCCUCUGGCCUGAUCCAGAAGGGCUCUUCCAGGCUGGGGAAGUGGAAGCUUCUUAGGCAACAGGAAUCCGUUGGUUUUAUGGCCGGCACGUGACGUUUCUUUCCUCUCGUAAAAGUUUGCCAGUUUUGCAUUUUCUGUAGGUGUCCUUUGCCUGCCAAACCAAGCGGGUGCCCGGCGCCCUUUGAAAAUGAGCCGUCCCAGAGCCCAUUUUGGCUCACCUGGUCCCUGGAGCUGUUGGCCCUGAAAUGAGCUGAUGAGCUUUACAAGGGCUCUUUGUGUGCCUUCCAGAUCGUCCCCCCCCUUUCUCUCUCUCUCUCUCUCUCUCUCUCUUUUUCACUGUGCCAAAUUCCGUUUCCAGUGCCCUGCCCUGCCCAGGAGGGGAUAUACAUCAUUCAGAGCUGGAGAAGGAGGUUGGAACAUCUCUCUCUCUCCCUCUCUCCUGGAGAAACUUCUCCCUGUUGGACCUCUCCAUCUCCCCACCCUUUGGAUAAGAGAUGUCUGGAGAUUGUUCAGGGCUGAGCAUCACACCUGGAGAGGUGUUGGGUGGGCUGGGAGAUGCAGGGGCUGUUUGCUACUGCGCUAGUUCUAAAAGAACUGGCCUAGCUGUGUUUUCUCAGCUGUUGUUGGAUUACAACUCCCAUCAUCCCUGAGCGCUGCCGCUGCUAGUUGGGAUGAUGGGAGGUGUAGUCCCAACGACGACUCGGGGACCCAAGCUUGAAGAAACACUGCGAGAGGAAGUCGCUUGUUUGAGUGACCUGGGAGAUGCUGCUGCUGCUCAGUGGGAGAGCAUCAGCCUUGUGGAACGCAGAAGCUCCAAGGUUCAGUCCAUAGCAUCUUGAGCAGGGGUAGGCAACCUAAGGCCCAGGGGCCGGAUGCGGCCCAAUCGCCUUCUCAAUCCUCAGUCCAGCCCAUGGACAGUCUGGGAAUCAGCGUGUUUUUACAUGAGUAGAAUGUGUGAUUUUAUUUAAAAUGCAUCUCUGGGUUAUUUGUGGGGCAUAGGGAUUUGUUCAUUCCCCCCCCCCAAAUAUAUUCCAGCCCCCCACAAAGUUUGAGGGAUGGUGGACCAGCCCACGGCUGGAAAAGUUUGCUGACCCCUGAUCUUAAGGUAGGGCUGGGAAAAGACCCCCCCUGCCUGACACCCUGGAGAGCUGCUGCCAGUCAGUGUAAACAACACUGAGCUGGAUGCUUGAGCUCAGUGGAGCACUUGCUUUGCAUGCAGAAGGUCGUCCAGCUUCAAUCCAUAGAGUGGUUUAACUGUCAGUCCCUCUUCCCAGGGAACUCUGGGAAUGGUAGUUCUGUGAGGGGGAAUGGGGGUGUGUCUCCUGACCACUCAGCACCCUUAACAAACUACAGCUCCCAGAAUUCUUUGGGGGGGGGGAAGCCAUUCUAAAGUGCUUUGAAUGAAUCCUAGAAUUGUAGCGUUGGAAGGGACCCUGUGGGUCAUCUAGUCCAACCCCUGCAAUGCAGGAAUAUGUAGCUGUCCCAUACGGGGAUCAAACUUGUGACCUUGGCAUUAUCAGCACCACGCUCUAACCAACUGAGUUGUUUCCUCAAUGUAAUGUGACUGAAGAGCAGUUAUUCUGGGUUUAAUGGUAUGGUUGGAGGCUACCUCCCCAAGCAGUUGCAUGUUGAUGUUCCCUGCAAUAGACUCUUCCUUCGCAGCCCCUACAAACUUGUCGCUAGCUGGGUUCUAUGGCUCCGUCUUGUACCACCUCAAAACGUAGUGCAAGUAGUGUCAGGGCUGAGCGUGAGGUAUGAACCCCAGCUUCAAAUCUCACGUCAUCUGUGCUGGAGAUAGUAGCCCUUUGUCCUCGCAGCUCUGUCCAAUCUGUAAUAUUAGUAUUGUUUUAUUAUUCUUUAUUGACUUUAUAUACAGCGGUACCUUGGUUCUUGAACGGCUUGGCUCCCGAACAGAUCGGCUCCUGAAUGCCGCAAACCCGGAGUAAGUGUUCCGGUUUGCGAAUGUUUUUCAGAAGCCGAACGUUCGACUCAACUUCCACUUGAGUGCAGGAAGCUCCUGCAGCCAAUUGGAAGUCGCACCUUGGUUUUUAUAUGGUUUCGGGAGUCGAACGGACUUCCAGAAUGGAUUAAGUUCGAGAACCAAGGUACCACUGUACCGCCCUAUACCUGGAGGUCUCAGGGAAGACUAUGGGAAGAAUAACAGCAGCCUACCUUAUAGGAUCAUUGUAUUAUUAUUAUCCACUACUACUACUACUACUAUUUCUAUGUUUAUAUCCCACCUUUCCUACAAGGAGCUCAAGGUGGUGAACAUGAUUCUUCACCUCUCUAUUUUAUCGUCACAACAGCCCUGCUAUGUAGGUUAUUCUGAGAGACGGUGGCUGGCCCAAGGUCGCCCAAUGAGCUUCCUGACUGAGUGGGGAUUCGAACCCUGUUCUCCCAGGGCCUAGUCCAAUGCUCUAAAUGUCAACUAUUUACAAGGCACUUGGGGACACUUGAGCUGCCAAAUCGUGCCGUCUUAAAGUUCACGCAAUCCUUUUCCUACCUUGAGGUACGCUUCAUCCCAUCACCUACUCUGAGCACCUGGGGCUGUUUUUGCUCUGGUCGCCGGUUUGCCAGAGGCAGGUGACCGGCACACCGUGUCCUUGUGUUUUCUGCUAUCUCCUGUUCUUCUAUUUGUUUGCACAAGCGUCGUUCUGUUUGUCCGUUUUGCUGCUACGGAGAGUUGUGGCAAAUACCGGCUUCACAGGCAAAAAAAGCCUGUUCUGUGAGGUGCUUAAAAAUACAACCUGCUAGCUUGAUUUAUCCUUCAGCCCGAGUGCCAAAGAAGCUUUUGCCUAGAGGCCCCUUAAAAACUUGGUGACGUGCAUAUAAUGCCAGGUUUCGGUUAACCAGCAACUCCCCCUUGCCCCCCCAUUCCUGCCACAACAAGAUUAGUUUGCCUCAAGCUGGGAACACACUGUGAUCAGGACCUGUGCUAAUUCUCAGCUGUCUUCUCCCAUCGGGCAAAUGUGCUACCUUCUGGGAUGGUGUAAAGAAAAUGCUCAAGUGCUGUUUCAAGGAAAAUUGCUCUGUCCAUGGACCAGAAGAUAUGUGAUUCUCAGGCCACAUCCCUAGCUUUGCAAGCCUUCCUUCUAGAAUCAUAGAAUCAUAGAAUCAUAGAGCUGGAAGCGACCACAAGGGCCAUCGAGUCCAACCCCCUGCCAAGCAGGAAACACCAUCAGAGCACUCCUGACAUAUGCUUGUCAAGCCUCUGCUUAAAGACCUCCAAAGAAGGAGACUCCACCACUGUUGAACAGCUCUUACUGUCAGGAAGUUCUUCCUAAUGUUUAGGUGGAAUCUUCUUUCUUGUAGUUUGGAUCCAUUGCUCCGUGUCCGCUUCUCUGGAGCAGCAGAAAACAACCUUUCUCCCUCCUCUAUGUGACAUCCUUUUAUAUAUUUCAACAUGGCUAUCAUAUCACCCCUUAACCUCCUCUUCUCCAGGCUAAACAUGCCCAGCUCAAGAGUCAGCCGUAUAUAAGACAAACCUGCUGCAUCAAGCCAAAUGGCCCUUUUGGUCCAAGAUUUUCUGCUCACGGUGACCCACCAAGAUACCUGUGGGAAAGCAGCAAGCAAGAUCUGAGCCCAAGCUCCUGCUGUUUCCAUCAAACUGGUCUUCAAAAGCAUUACUGCUUCCAGCUAUGGAGACAGCAUAGCCAUUGUGGCUUGAUAGCCUUCAUGGAUUUGUCAAAACCUCUUUUGUUUUUUUGAAAUCAUUUUUAUUGGUUUUACAAAUGCAAAGUUCAAAUAAACAGAUUUUUUUUUUAAAAAAAAUCUAUAUAAAUAGAUUUUCCAAACCUCGGGACUCCCUCCCCCCCCAAGUCCUCUCCAUGGGAGUCUCAUUUUAAACAUCUAUUACUGCAUAUUCAUCCAUACUCCAAUUUUUAUAUCAAACCAUGGUAAUUUUUACACUGCAAGUGAAAUCAAAAUACUGCUUUUGUUUCCAUCUGCUUACAGUGGUCUCCUAAGUAACUUAUACCUUUCCCCCAUUCUUUUAUAAAGUUUUUGUCCUCUUGGGUUCUGAGUUUUCCAGUCAGUUUUUCAUAUACGGAGCAACAGCCGCCCGGAUGCUACUACCCCAGAGAUGGAAAAAAAGAUAAAGUCCCUACUCAAGAGAAGAAUGGCAAACCAAGCUGAUGAACUAUGCCGAGAUGGCAAAACUGACUAGCAAAACCCCUUUUAAAGCCAUUCAAGUUGCACUGAAGUUGCACAGCUAUGCACUGUCUUUUAAUGGUGUAUCUAGGUGCGUUCUGUAUCAUAUGAAGAGAAGGCAUAUUUCUUUGUAGUGAUGGUUGAAAUGGCCACGAUGGUCGCAACAACAAAUAAACUGAAAAACACAAUAUAGCUAUGUCCUCUAUCUGUGAGGACACAGAGAGAGUGUUUCUCACAAGAGUUCUCCCUAGCAAAGUUACAGGAAAACUCUGUGAGCAUCGGCUCCUACCCUGCACCUAUCUAGCAAUCGUGAAUUGUUGGUUUUGACUGCACUUUACAUAUCCCACCCUUCCUCUCCCUGACAGGGCCUAUUUUUGAAAAUGUAAAGCCUAGAGGUGGGAAGGCCUGGAAAACCCCCCAGAAAAAUAGGGGAAAAAACCCCACCCCCAAUUUUUCUGGUUUUUCUCCAGUCCUUCCCAUCUCUUGAAGCCUGCUCCAGAGGGCUCUCGUUCUGUUUGGAUGAGCACACAGGAAGCAGAAUUGCGGAAUCACAUGCCUGCAUGUGCUAACCCUACCUGGUUGCUCUUAUGUCUUGAUUAGCAGCCUCGUAGCUGGUUGUCUUUUGGGUAUUUCAAAAGACGAAAAAAACUGUGGCUUUGAAACCAGUGAUUGAUUCAAAAUUGCAUCUGCUUGUUGUAAAGCGUAGUAAAGGAUGGCUCAGUUGGUUAGAGUUUGGUGCUGAUAAUGCCAAGGUUGCAGGUUUGAUCCCUGUAUGGGACAUCUGCAUAUUCCUGCAUUGCAGGGGGUUGGACUAGAUGAUCCUCAGGGUCCCUUCCAAUUCUGUGAUUCUAUGACUUAAGACCUGCUCCUUCAGACUUGGGAACUACCAUGCAAUUUUUUUUCUUCUUUAUGAUAUCAUAUAAUCAUAAAGUUGGAAGAGAUACCCUGAGGAUCCUCUAGUCCAGGCAUAGGCAAACUCGGCCCUCCAGAUGUUUUUGGCCUACGAUUCCCAUCAUCCCUGAUCACUGUUCCUGUUAGUUAGGGAUUAUGGGAAUUGUAGGCCAAAAAUAUCUGGAGGGCCGAGUUUGCCUGAAUUCUAGUCCAACCCCCUGCAAGGCAGGAAUAUGCAGCUGUCCCAUACGGGGAUCGAACCUGCAACCUUGGCGUUAUCAGCACCACACUCUAACUAAAUGAGCUAUCCAGGCACCUUAAGAGGUGCCCAGAUGCAUAGCAAACAGACCAGCUUCCCCAGAUCUUCCCAUCUGUUCCAGACCAGCCUUGAACCCGGAUUCUGUUGCCGAAAUAGUAUAAUGGAAUGUGAUACUUGAUUCAGUUUUUGGUUUAAAGAUGGAAAACUGUGGUUCUAGUCCUCAUUAAGAAGGAGCUCUGUGGUUCAGCUUCUGUCUCUACAGUACUUGACUGUCAUAUGGGUUAGCUGUCGUUUUCAGCGAAGGAAGGUUCAAGAACCAAUUGGUGCCUGGAACGGCAUGGAGGUUUUGCCAAAAAUCGUCUUGUAGUUCCUCGGACUUGUUUCCCUCUAAAUCUCCAGCACCCUUUAAUUCUGGUUUAGUGUGUUGGGUUUGCCUAUGGGGAAAUCUCUGCUCCAAUCCCUGCUUGGUUCUGCGGCCUGUAAGGUAUGUGCUGGGCAGCAAUUCAGUAUUUCUUUUUCCCACCCUAGCCUACCUCUCAAGGUUGUUGUGAGGAAAAAUGGUGCUCUUAGUCUCUCUGUGCUCUGAAAACAGGCUUUCUAUAACCUUCCGUGUUCUGCGGGUCAAAGAUUUGGUCGGGUAGUUUUAAAGCAUUACCUCAGCUCAACAAAAAACUUUAAUCAUCAACCAAUCUGAUACUUAUGUUAGCUCCGAAAGUAAAUAGUUACAACUCUUUAGUGUGGAAACAAUGAAAUUGCCUUUUAAAAAUGUAGCUGUUAAUCUAAGGGUUAUUAUGACUCAAUUUAUAAUGUGCCAACAAUUUUGUGCAAAGUUUAAAAAGCAAGACAGUAUAUUCAUUUAAUCUACCUUUUUAAACAAUGUUAGAGAAGAUAUAAAUGAGAACGCUUUCCCUCUUGGCUCAAAAGCCCAGAUCUGCCUGCAGUUGCAAAAUUAAUAAGAAAGAAGAAGAGGAAAAUUAAACUGAAAUAACACGUAGCUGUGUCUAUUUAAAAAGCAAAAAGCCAGUUUUUAAAGCUGCAAGCCAGUUCCUUCAAAGCAGCUUCAUGGAAUAUUUUUACAAUAUUUGACAAUUAGCCCUACCUGUUCUCAGUCGCAGUUCCCUUGGGGUGACCCGGGAGGCGAGUUCAGAAGCUGCCCUCCUUUAACCCACAGAUAACAUUGUUUACUACAUUUAGAUCUCGCCUUUCCGCCAGUGAGCUCAAGGUGGUGUCUACCUGGUUCUAAAAAAGACUUGGUUAAAAGUGCACCAUCAGAAAUUACUUUUCAGCAAAUAUUUUUGUUCACAGGUUUUCAAAAUAUGCAGGCAACAAAGGUUCAAGCAAAUUCACAGUACAACUGUUGCAGUAGUGGACAACAUGAAGUCAAGGAUGUUACAGUUUUGCAGUGGAAAUGAUUUAUUUGUUGUAAAAUAACAGCCAAACAACAUUGUUAUUGAUCCGUGCGGGUUUUUUAUUUUAUUUUUUGCUACCCAGCCCGAUGAUGAAAUUGCGGAGGGUUAGAAUUCCCCUGCCCCACUGGGACCCCUGUCUUUUUGUUGGUGGGGGGCUUGGAGGUCUCUCCCUUGUUAUUUUGAUCCUGCUCUCUGAACUUUUGGAGACUGGAGGCUGGUCUUACUUCUUCACUCAGGCUAAGAGGGGAUUAGCCCAUAUAAGGAGAAAACUAUGCUCUUCUCUAUUUUUCCCUUUCUCCCUUUCUCUUCCUUCUCUCUCCGCUCCUGCCCUUCAGCCAGGUUUCCUCCCCUUCCCACCUCUCUGCCCCGUCUUUACCCAUCCUGUGCUUGCAUUCCUCUGCCCCACUGCCGCCUCCAUCCAUGCCCCCCUCCAAAUACCAGCAAGAUUUCCCCUAUAACUUUUUCCCCCUGCCAAUGCAUUCCUGAGGGCUGGGCACGGAGGGGAUUGUGUGUGCUCCAGCAAAGGGUGGGUGGAAAAAGGAAAAGGACUGGUGCGCAGCUGCAGUCCUCGGCAGAUUCGGGAUGAUUGGUACAUCUGGCACAGCAUCGCUGACUCUGACCGGCAGCAGCAGCAGCUCUCCAGGGUGUCAGGCAGGGGGUGUUCCUAGCCCUCCCUAGAAAUGCCAUUGGGAAUGGAACCAGGGAUCCUUCUAUAUGCUAAGCAGAUACUCGGCUAUCUGUUGGCCCAUCUAGCUCAGUGUUGUCUGCACUGAUUGGCAGCAGAUACUCGGAGUUGCCAGGGAUUUAACCCGGGACUUUAUGCAUGUAAGACAGAUAGAUGCUCUACACUACAAAGCUGUGCCCCUUUACUGGUUCACACCAUUGGUCCAUCUAGCUCAGCACUGUCAACACAGGCUGGCAGCAUCUAUCCAGGACUUCAAGCAAGGGCCCUACCUGGACUUGCUGGGGAUCAAAACUGGGACUGUCUACACUAUUAUUAUUAUUAUUAAUAUUAUUAUGCAAAGCAGAUGCUCUGGCACAGAACCACAGCCCUUCUCUCUCCUCCCUACCUAGCCAGGUAACAAGGCCAACCCCCAAGGAGUGGGGAGAGAACAGCUUAAGUCCCUUUUCAGCCAGGUGGGGUGGAAGAUAAGGAGUUCUGAGUCUUUACCUGUUUGGAUCUCCUCCCUCCCUCCCUUGCUUGGGGCUCACCUGUUCACCCAGCUAGCUGGCAAAGGGAAGGCCGACUGGCACACCUGCACAAUCUGCCUCCCGGAUCCUGCCUGCCACUGCCUCGGCUGGCACAGGGCAAGGUGCUGGCUGGGUGCCACCCUCCUCGGGUUGGCUGGUUUGAAUGCCUCUUUUGUCUCCCAUUCACCUUGAAUCAAGGGCUCCAGGUUGUGGCCGCCCCCUUUGGGCGGGGAGGAGGAAAUGUGGGGUGUGGCAGGCCGCUUUUACUUCUGGGGGGUGUCUCCCUGCAGAUGGGAAUGAGGGUGGGUUAAGUUCCUGAAACACUUCCCCUCCCCCUCCCCAUACCGCUAGUGGGGUGGAUUAUAGAAUUUUUGUAGGGUUUGGGCUUUUUCUUCUAUUCCAGGAGGGGGUGAAUGGUUUUUAUCAUCAAUAUGUUAAAUGAUUUUUAAAAAUAAAAAAUAUUGUUUUAAUAUAAGACCGAGAGACAGGGACUGGCUCAAGGUCAUUCAGAGGGGUUCGUGGCUGAGUGGGGGAUUCGAACCCUGGUCUUCCAAGUACUCGCCCUGUGCUCUUAAGUGGGGGGGGGGGAGAGGCACCACACUGGCCCUGUCAGUUUCAUUAAUUUCAGCGGGGUGUUUGCUCUGAUCCAUGGGUAGGCAAACUAAGGCCCGGGGGCUGGAUCCGGCCCAAUCACCUUCUAAAUCUGCAGCGAGUUUUUACAUGAGUAGAAUGUGUCCAUUUAUUUAAAAUGCAUCUCUGGGUUAUUUGUGGGGCAUAGGAAUUCAUUCAUUCCCCACCCCCCCAAAAAAUAUAGUCUGGCCCCCCACAAGGUCUGAGGGACAGUGGACCCAGCCCCUGCUGAAAAAGUUUGCUGACCCCUGCUCUAAUUAGAGGUUUUCAACCUUUUUGGGUCCACGGCCCCCUGGACCAACUGCAUUCUUUCUGCGGCACCCCUGUGGGGCUCAGGAGCCCAGUUGCGUCACCCCUUGCCUACAGAGCUGGCAGCCCCUCACCCUUUUUCAAACACACUCCCUGGUGGAGUGUUCCCUCUUCCUCCUCUCCCCUCUCCUUGGGAGUCCUCUGGGCAGCUACAGCUGCCGCCCCUGGUGUCUGAGCCUCUGCCCCUGCCCCAAAGAGGGGUGCCUCCUCACACUGCCCCAUGGGGGCCUGAGAAGCACCCCAUGGCCAGGCCCAGAGGCACCAUUCACCUGGGGAGCUUGUAGACAGGGCUGCUGUAACAAACAGCUGUGCAAGCCUUUGGGAGGCAGAUAAACAAGAAGGAAAGAGGGACUGAGGCCAGUGUGGCCUGUGGCACCCCUGACCAACAUUCAAGGCACCCCAGGGUGCCACAGGACACUGGUUGAAAACUGAUAUAGAAAAAUAAGGAUUGUUGGCUUUUGCUGCCCAACUCUCCAAGGGACUGAGUCCCCUAAGUCCAUGAUCCGUCAGAGAUGAAUGGAUGGAGGCAGAAGGCAGUGAAAGCAAGGCAGAUCUUUAUUUUUCUGUUGUAACAGAGCUCCCUCCCCUCCAAGCAAGGAGGCAAGAGAGACCUAGAGCUCAGAAGAAACAUCUCUUUUAAGUGUUUACGUUUUGGCGUGGAGAAGCAGGACAUCCUCUCUACAAACAGUCAGAAAUUACCUCUCACAUAAAGUGGGGUAGCUGUGGCUCAGGCAGGCCAAGGUGUGUUAUUUCUGAGGAUUUAGCAAGUUUUACAUAGUUCCAGACACAGUUUACACAAAACAUUAGCAUUUGAUAAGACCAUCAGGAUGCCAGCAGACAAUGACAAUACAAAGGAGGUUUAUAGAUAUAGGAAAGGAAUCCCUUCAGGAACUUCCGCUGAUUGCUAUCUGCCUACCUGUUCUCGGGCAAAGAGGACUAAGGAGGCAGAGGAAAUAUUAGAGCCCUUAAGAGAGCCAAGAUGGUUUUAGGAUUGCUCUCCUGUACUAUUUUAGACAUGUGACUUUUAUACUUACCUAUGUGUGUUUACCUUGUGCAAUUAUCAACAUUUAUUCCAUACUGUCAAACCUCAGCUCCCAAACGCCUUGGGAGUCAAUAAAAAACCCAGAAGUGAGUGUUCUGGUUUUUGAACGUUCUUUCGGAAGCCGAACAUCCGACGGGGCUUCCACGGCUUCCGAUUGGCUGCAGGAGCUUCCUGCAGCCAAUCUGAAGCUGCGCUUUGGAAUUCGAACAGACCUCCGGAAUGGAUUCUGUUAGACUUGCGAGGUACAGUGGUACCUCUAGAUGUGAACAGGAUCCGUUCCGGAGCCCCAUUUGCAUCUAGAAGCAAACGUAACCCGUGUCUGUGCGCGGGACACGUUUUGGCGCUUUUGCACAUGCGCGUGACGUCAUUUUGAGCGUCUGCGCAUGCGCAAGCGGCGAAACCCGGAAGUAACGCGCUCCGUUACUUCCGGGUUGCCACGGAGCGCAACUCGAACACGCUUAUCCCGAAGCACAAUCAACCCGAGGUAUGACUAUGACUUUAUUUGAGACCUUAGAAUUCCUAUAACAAAACCGAGUAAAGCUUAGUUGAAAAUCACUCACAGGUCACUAUAGUGGUACCUCUGGUUAAGUACUUAAUUCGUUCCGGAAGUCCGUUCUUAACCUGAAGCUGUUCUUAACCUGAAGCACCACUUUAGCUAAUGGGGCCUCCUGCUGUCACCGCGCCGCCAGAGCACGAUUUCUGUUCUUCUCUCUCUCCUGCUGUUGUCCAGGAGAACUAAGUGGAACCUCCAGGGUGAGGGCAGUGUACCAGAGUCUGGGAACGUACCAUUCUCAAAAGGAGGGGUGGCUGGCUCCCUCCCCCUGCACCCUAUCCUUCUGGAGCUCCUGCCUGUGUGGGAUGCAGAUCUUGUUCCCAGGAUGCUCAGCUACCUCCAGCCUCUGUGAGUCCGAGUCCAGGAAUGCCUGCUUGUAGUGGGAGAAGGAAGUGGGUGGGAAUCCCUUUGGAAUUCCAGCCUGGCUAAUUCGAGUUGAUGAAUUAAGCACCACUCACUGAGGCUUGGCUUUGUUUAGCAAAAGGGCAGUGGUGGUAAAUGGUCACAGUCUUGUACCUGGAUCACACCAAUGCACACUCUCCAGCUGUAACUGCCCAUCUUUGGACUCCCCUUCUCCUUCAUUUUGGGGGUGCAUGUUUUACUACCCCCUCCACCCCCCCUCAAAAAAUGCAAGCUGCAAAACUUGAAAAAAAUAUAUAUAAGGGAAUUCUUUUCAAAGUCCCAUAAGAACGGAGUCUUUUUGAAAAGAGGGUGGUGUGGGGAGAGAAACUCAGUUGUGCUUUCUUUUUCUUUUACGAGGUUCUCCCAGAACUGGUACAAAGGGCAAAAAAUGAUUUGUGAAUGCUUAAAAACAAAAGGAAACUUAAAGGCAGUUGUGAAAUUAAACUCAGAGCUUGAAUGCAGUAAAAGUCUGGGGGGAAAGUUUUCCCCACUCACUUUUUACGUACAGUGGUACCUCGGGUUACAUACGCUUCAGGUUACAUACGCUUCAGGUUACAGACUCCGUUAACCCAGAAAUAGUACCUCAGGUUAAGAACUUGGCUUCAGGAUGAGAACAGAAAUUGUGCUCCGGCAGCGCGGCAGCAGCAGCAGCUGGAGGCCCCAUUAGCUAAAGUGGUACCUCAGGUUAAGAACAGUUUCAGGUUAAGUACGGACCUCCGAAAUGAAUUAAGUACUUCACCCGAGGUACCACUGUACUUCUUAUUCCAGUAUGAAAUUGUGUUUGCCUUUCAGGGUUGAUGGGAUAUAUUAAAAAAAUGUUGACUCUGUGCACACCACAUGUUUAAAGCACAUGGCUUUUUCCCUAUGAAAAACAAAUCUUGGGAACUGUAGUUCACCCUGUCACGGCACCCUAGUUCCUGGCACCCUUCAUAAACUAAGUUCUCAGGAUUCUUUUUUUUUUUUUUUGCAGGGGAGUCCCCAAAUCCCACUGCAGGGCAAAUGGAGGGCAGGUGGUGGUUUUAGCUGCGGUGUAGGAAGAGGGUUAUAUCUGGCGGGAGUAGUCUAAUAGAUACACAGCUAGAGAGGUCUGGUUUGAAGCUUGCUCCGGCUUGGCCUACCUUCCAGGGCUGUUAGGAGGAUAAAAGGGGACCACCUCAUGCUCCUUGGAGGAAGAGCUCUUUCAUUUUUGAAAAAACUACUACAUUAUAAGGUCUAGUGAGGUUAAAGGUAAAGGGACCCCUGACCAUUAGGUCCAGUCGUGGCCGACUCUGGGGUAGCGGCGCUCAUCUCGCUUUAUUGGCUGCGGGAGCCGGCGUACAGCUUCCGGGUCAUGUGGCCAGCAUGACUAAGCUGCUUCUGGCAAACCAGAGCAGCGCACUGAAACAACGUUUACCUUCCCACCGGAGCGAUACCUAUUUAUCUACUUGCACUUUGACGUGCUUUCAAACUGCUAGGUUGGCAGGAGCAGGGACCGAGCAACGGGAGCUCACCCCGUCGUGGGGAUUCGAACCGCCGACCUUCUGAUCAGCAAGUCCUAGGCUCUGUGGUUUAACCCACAGCGCCACCCGCGUCCCUUCUAGCGAGGUUACGUGUCUGCAAAAACCUGAGCCUAGGUUACACCUAUCCAUAUCAGCCUGUAGGCAUAGGCCGCUGGUGUUUAUACUGUCACCAGAAAAUAGGCAGUGCCUUUUUUUAAUGGCAAAACUCCUCAUCUAAAAGGAGACAAGUGUCCCCCAAAUUUAUCGGUCGGAGACGAAUGAGCGCAGGCAGUGAAAGCAAGGCUGAUCUUUAUUAAGAGUUCUGGUAACAAUACAGCCAGACAACAGAAAAUUAAGAAAUGCGCAUCUGGGUGAAAGGAAGGUCCCUUGUCUGAAAGCAUCGAAGGCUCCUUGCGUCGGCUGCUCCAACAUCUGGAUUUUGCUUCUCAAGGCACUGCUCCCUGUUGCUCUCCACUCCUGGUCUGGGAAAACAGCGGCGUCUUGGCCCCGCAGAGUCCUGCUUGCCUCCAGCUGCCUCUCCACCUAGCUAACUCCCUGCUUUAAAUUGAGGCCCUGUUUUUCUAGGCCGGCCGCUCGUAACCGUUAAUUUCCUGCCCGGCGGGGGAGCGUGAGCUGGGGCCGCAGCAUGUCCUGUUCUUCCCAGGGCGUAGGGCAGCCCAGGACGCCGAAUUCUCCCUGCGCGCUCCUCUUGGAAUCCGCUCUGCGGCUCCCAGCAACCUCUGGCCGCAGAGCGGGGCUGGCCUGUCAGCAGGGCCCGGAGGGCUGCCUCUGGCCUCCACCCUCCCUGGGCUGCUUACGUGGCCUUGGGGUCUCUCUCUCUCUCUUUGUGUGUUCACAUUUGACGACUGCCCUUCCUACCCCCCCAAGUUGAAAUCGCUUCCCCCCACCCCUCAAAACCAAAACCUUUCCAAGCAUUUCACAUCCGUCUGCCUCAGACCCCUGGAAGCCAGGCAAGUCCGAAGUUUCUGCCUGUUUCGUUUGUCUGUUGGGUAGGGGUGACGGUUGUGCAGCCUUCAAGUGCUUGCGAAAGGUCCCUGGUAGGACUGGGAGGGACUCCCUGCCGGAAAUCCAGCAGAGCUGCUGCCAGUCAGUGUAGGCAGUACUGAGCUAGAUGGGCCAGUGGUCAGACUUGCUAUAAGGCGCCUUCCAAUGUUCUCACUCGGGAAAGGGAUUUAGCUCAGUGGUAGAGAGCAUCUGCUUGGUAUGCAGGGGAUCUCCAGGUCGGCCUUGCUUCAUAAAGCGCUGGAGAGCUGCUGCCAGCCAGUGUGGUCUGGCUUUGUAAAAGGCUUCCCCCCUGGAGUGUAGGAGGAGAGCUGGCUGGGAGAGUAGACCUGGCAGGGGCCGUGGUAGUACCAGCCAGCCCUCUUGUACAUCUGCUCUUCCCGAUAUUCAGAGGUAGACUGCCACUGGACCUGCAGGUUCUACUGCCUAAUAGUGGCUAAAUGGUCCCUUCUCCAUGCGUUUGGUCUAAUACCCUUUUAAAACCGGUGACCUUCGCUCAGCACAUCUUGUGACUGCAAAUCCUGUAAAUUAAUGAUGCAUUGGGCAAAGAUUGUUCCCCCCCUCUUUGCUCGUGUAUAUAGAGGACUGAUUGGGUGGCAAACCAUGAAGGGUAUGCCCCCCCCCUCUUUUCCGAGUGGGCUGGAGAAACUCGGAGCAGGGAGCUCAUCUCUUGGGUAUUUUAAGGAUGCAUCAAAGCUGUGCGGAGAGUUUUGAAGUGGGUCUGUGCCUCUUCUUGGGGCUCUGGUGUGCCCUGGCUCUUUCCAGCUGCUGCAGCAGCUGUUUGUGACCUCUUGCCUUCAGCAUCCAAAGGGAAAUGCCGCGGUGGACUCCCUCCCUUGUUGCUUGGCUUGGCACUGUCCUUCCCGGUCUAACUGUAGCUGUGCCAGUGGCCAGCCAUGCGAGGGAGAAUAGGGUGGAGAGAGAGAGCCCUAGUGGGUGAUGGACAGAUGUUUUCACCAUUGAUUGCCUCACAUGCCACAUGAGCAGGAACUGUUUUCCAGGCUAGGUGGGCAAAAUGGGUCCCCAGUUCUUUCUGCACCAACAGGAAGACCCCAGCGCACAUCUUACAACUCUUUGUUGCCUUGGGCUUCUGCCUCCCCACACUGCCCCCCACAAAAGAGCACUUCUAUUUGCGGUGGUUUUAAGUUUAAAAAAAACUUAUUUAUUUUUUUUUUUAAAUUAUUAUUUUCACAUUUAUACAUUUCACUAAUUUUACAAUCACUAUAACAUUUCGAAACUUGACUUCCUUCCCCCUCUUUCUGCGGUUCCUUAAAUUCAUUUUUAAUAUCUUCUGCCUAUCCAACUUUACUUAAUUUGCUCAUUUAUUCCAUCUACUUUAAAUAUAUACUCUUAUGAAACUACAGGUUAUUAGAAUAAUCCCACCAAUGUUCUUAUCUGUAUACAAUUUAUCUAUUAAAUAUUCAAUAAACCAUUUCUAUUCUUUUAUUUUAAAAAGUUUGUUAUCUUGAUUUCUUAUUCUUCCAGUAAGUUUCACCAUUUCUGAGUAUCCUGUAAGUUUUUGUAUCCAUUCUUCCUUUGCUGGGACUUCUGCUUCUUUCCAUUUUGGGGGCGAGUGACAUUCUUGCCACUGUAGUCGCAUACAUGAAUAAGUUUCUAUACUGUUUAGCUAGUUCUGUCCCUAUAAUUCCCAUUAAAAAAACCUGUUUUUAAGACUACUUUUUUAAUGGUUGUAAUCUGUUGAAUGUUGGAAGUUUCGGGACCAAUAAAAGAGAGAACUUCACACAAGCACAUAGUUAAAACUUUGGAACUCCCUGCCACAGGGACCUAGAUGGCUUUAAAAGAGGAUUAAAUAAAUUCAUGGAGAAGUGGCCUAUCGAGAUGGUUAUGCUCUGCCUCCAGUCAGAGGCAUCAAUGCUUCUGAAUCUGUGGACCAUAAUUUACUAUGUCUGCGAAGAACACUUACAGCUGGAAUUCAGAUUGUUGUACUAUGGUUGACCUCUGGGACUCCCUGCCACAAGAGGCAGUGAUGACCACUAACUUGGAUGGCUUUCAAGGAAGACUAGACAAAAUCAUGGAGGAGAGAGAGGGCCAUUCAAGGCUACUAGCCACGGUGGCUCUGCUCUGCUUCCACGGUCAGAGGCAGCGAUGCUACUGAAUCCCUGUUUCUGGAAACCGCAAGGCAAGAAUUGCUCUUGUGCAAGUUUUCCAUUGAGGCACCUGGCUGGCCACUGUGAGAACAGGAUGCUGGCCUAGAUGGGCCAUUGGCCUGACUGAGCAAGCUCUCCUUCCAUUCUUGUGUCUGCAAUAUGGGAAUCGCAAUGUUGAACUACCUUACAUGCUGCCUGGGGCUGAUGGGAGUUGUAGUUCAAAACAUCUGGAGUGCGGCAGGUUGGGGAAGAUUAUUCUGACUGCAGUGCCAACUCUCCUCUUAUCUGUAAAGGUAGGGGCAAAGGACCCCUGGAUGGUUAAGUCCAGUCAAAGGCGACUAUGGGGUUGCAGGGCUCAUCUCGCUUUUAGGCCGAGGGAGCCGGCGUUUGUCCACAGACAGCUUUCUGCGUCAUGUGGCCAGCAUGACUAAACCGCUUCUGGCGCAACGGGAUGCUGUGAUGGAAACCAGAGUGCACAGAAACACUGUUUACCUUCCUGCUGGAGCGGUACCUAUUUAUCUACUUGCACUGGUAUGCUUUCAAACCACUAGGUUGGCAGGAGCUGGGACAGAGCAACGGGAGCUCACCCUGCCGCGGGGAUUCAAACCGCCGACCUUCUGAUCAGCAAGCCCAAGAGGCUCAGUGGUUUAGACCACAGCGCCACCCGCGUCCCCUCUUAUCUGUGUGCUUGUGUGUGUGUGUGUGUGUGUGGGAGAGAGAGAGAGAGAGAGAGAGAGAGAGAGAGAGAGCGCUGUUGUCAGCUGUGAAGUUGAGUUGUGUAUGUGUGUUGGCAAUCUCUGCAGAUGCUGCAGGAAAUGUCUUCGCUGUUCCCAUCGCUGCCUUUCCUCCAUAUUCCGUCUCUGAAUCCAGUCAUUCCAGAGAGCAGCCUCUGCAGCUCCCUUCCUGACUCAGACAAAAGGGGUCAGGAAAUGCAGCUGUGGCGAGGCUGAAUGCUGGGAAGCAUGACCCCUUACUCCACCCCACAUCCAGGAAAUGAGACGGGGCCUGACUGCUGUACAGGGCUGGGCUGGGGGUAGAGAGAUUGAGAGAGGGAGGGUCGUGGACACGCCCAGCAGGAAGCGGGACACCCGCAGUGGUGGCUUGGCUUUGAUCGGGGGAUGUCUUUCCCUCCAGAUGUUCUCAGACCACACUUUUCCAUCGUCCCCGGCUACAGACCACACUGGCUGGGGAUGAUGGGAAUUGCAGUCCAGAGAUUUCCCUACUAGGAAAAGGUGUGCAGCCAUGACAGUUUAAAUGAGAGCCCAGGGUGGUGUAGCGGUUAGAGUGUUGUACAGCGGUACCUUGGUUCUCAAACACCUUGGUACUCAAACAACUUGGAACCCAAACACUGCAAAACUGGAAGUAGGUGUUCCGGUUUGCGAACUUUUUCGGAAGCCGAACGUGCUUCAUUCUGAGUGCCACACUUCCAUUUUGAGUGUUAUGCUGAGGUCUUUCUGUUUAUGCUAUUUAUUUUGCGUUUUUGUUUUUGCGGCUCUUUUGGUUUUCUUUUUGUGACUGUGUGGAACCCAGUUCAGCUACUGAUUGAUUGAUUGUGUGAGUGCAGUACAUUGUUUAUUGCUUUCAUUUUAUGGAUCAAUGGUCUCGUUAGAUAGUAAAUUUCAUGUCAAAUUGCUGUUUAAGGGGUUGUUUUUAAAAGUCUGGAACGGAUUAAUCCGUUUUGCAAUACUUUCUAUGGGAAAGCGCGCCUUGGUUUUGGAACGCUUUGGUUUUGGAAGGGACUUCCAGAAUGGAUUAAGUUUGAGAACCAAGGUACCACUGUACUAGGACCCGGGAGAGGCUCAGGUUCAAAUUCUCACUUGGCCUUGUGAUGUUCACUGGGUGACCUUGGGCCCAUUGCUGCUUCUCAAUCUAAAUCUACCUCACCGGGUUGUUGUGUGGGCUAAAUGAGGAGGGAGAGAACCAUGUAUGUUACCUUGCUUCCUGGGCGAAAAAAAGUUUCCUGCAAAAAAUGAAACGAAUUUAAAAAGUGGCACCAUAGCGCUUUAAACGUCUGGUGCAAAUGCAGCCCUUGCUCUUUUUUUAUUAUUAUUUUUUUUAUUUUUUUUAAUAUUUUAUUAAGGAUGCAGCCCUUGCUCUUAACGUCCAGUUUUUGUUGGUAAUUUUAAUGCUGCAAUUCCUGGAGCGGCUUGACAAUCCAUCCCCAGGGAACCAUGGAAACCGUAGUUCCGCGAGGGAGGGAAUAGGGACCUCCUAAAAGUACCCCUCGCAAACUUUAUUUCCCAGGAGCCUUUGCAGGAAGCCGUCUGUGGCUGUUCAAACCAGCACGAUACUGCUUUAAGGGUGCACUGCAGAUGGGCCUCUGGUGCCACAAAUCUGCUUGAAAAUAGAGAGAUAAACUUUAUUCGCAUUAGCCAACAGCCGCAGCAACAUAAAACAAACAGUAUAUACAAUUAAAAAGACGACAAUGGAUAAAAAGGGCAAUCAAAUGACCAAGAUUAUCGUUCAGAUAGUGGCCCUUAAUCUCAUUGCACCCUUGAUAAACCUAGCAACCUUUGCUGUUGUCCGAUCAUUUUGAUCUGAUAAAAGAAAGUGUGGCCGCAGAUGGGCGGCCUGGGAUGGUAAGUAAGAGUGGGGUAAUGAUCCCAUUCCUCAGAUCUUUAUAAAGGGGACAGGACACGAGAACAUGAGCCACUGUUUCCUGAUUGCCAUCUCCCCAGGGGCAGAGUUGUUUCACUUUUUUUUCCCUUUCAAAUAAUUUUUUAUUGUUUUCAACAUGUAAUUCUUUUUCCAACAAUCCUUAUUGUCACAUUAUAAUCCCUUUGACUCUGCCGAGUCCUGACUUCCCUCCCUCCCGAUCGCUGGUAUAUACAUCACAUACUUUUGGGGUAUAUUAUUGUCAUAACUCUACUGUUUUACAUUGGAGGUGUUAUUCCAGUCCUGCUAGUGUCUUAAUAUUUUUGUUGUUCUCCUUUAUAUAUUCAAUAAAUUUAUUCCAAUUGUUAUUGUAUCUCUGGUCCUCUUGGUCCCGGAUUCUUCCUGUCAAUUUGGCAAGUUCCGCAAAAUCUAUCAUCUUCGCCUGCCACUCCUGGAUGGCUGGUAAAUCUUCUGUUUUCCAUCUUUGGGCCAGUAAAGUUCUUGCGGCGGCUGUGGCAUACAUGAACAAGUUCUGAUCUUUUAUUUUAAUUUCUUUUCCCACCAGACCUAGCAAAAAUGCCUCUGGUCUUUUAGGAAAAGUAUACUUAAAUAUCUUAAGUUCAUUAUAGAUUAACUCCCAAAAUCUUUUUACCUUGCCACAGGUCCACCACAUAUGAAAGUAAUCUCCGUCUAUUUCCCAGAGUUGUUUCUCAGUUGGAAUCUUUUGGUACCUAUACCGCUAGAAACCACUUAACUUCAAUCCAACAUCAUUCUAACAUUCAUUAAUUUUGCAAUAUUUCUGUAAAUAGUCUUUAAAUUUCUUCCAAUCUUCUUCUACCGACUCUUCUCCCUGGUCUCGGAUUCUGCCAGUCAUUUCCGCCAAUUCCAUAUAGUCCAUCAAUUUCAUCUGCCAUAUAGUCCAUCAAUUUCAUCAGCGGUAUAGGUACAAAAGAAUGUGGAAAAAUUGGUUUUUAAUAUGUAAAAAUCUAAUGUUAUAAUAUCAAGAUUAAAGAUCAGGACUAAAAAGGAGGGAAAGGAAUUGUUGGAUUAACAAAUUGAAUUGGAAUACAAAAGAGGGAGGUAUGAGGAGGUCCGGGAAACAAGUAAAUGUAAAAGAAGUGACGAAAAGAUGGAAUUGUUUUUAACUGUUUUUUCUUUUUUCUACUUUGUAUUUUUCCUUUUUAGUGUUAAUUUUUUUUCUUUUAUUAAUGUGAUUUUUCUUCUUUUGAAACUUUAAUAAAUAUUAUUUUUUUAAAAAAGGAAUCUUUUGGUAUCUGCCCUCAAGUACGGCAGAGGGCAUCACACAAAUCGGCUUUUUUUAUCUGUUAAAGUGACCGUGACAAUCCUUGCCCGCUGCGUGCUCGGAACCAGAGGGUAGGAGAGGUUAUCCCUUCCUCUUGACCUCUGCAAGUGUUGUGUGGGGUUUGUGGUUCCCAGUUUGAGACCACCACCCCUAGGGAUUUUCCCUGCUGCCCAGGCCCGUGUGUGUGUGCCCAGCGAUGCCAUUCUUUGGGUGGAGGUCUCCUGGGCACCGUCCGAGGCUUAGUGGCAGUCGCGUGCGUGAGUCAUUGGGCUCCGUGCCGGGAGAGUGGGUGGCUGCAGGGACACUGGUCCCCUGUGUCAGCCGGGACACUGCCUCCAUUGUGUGCGCCGUCGCGUGGAAUCUUGAGAGUUUUGAGCCGAGGUGGGCCAGAGUGGGGUGGGUGGAGCCGGUCUCUACGAUACCCUUUAUCCAUCUUGGAGUGACCAUUUGCCUUUUUCGCUGCUGCCACGCCUCCCUCCCCACACAGCUGGAGGCCACGCUGGACCUGACCGAGCGGCGGCAGAUCCGCUCCGCCAUCCGGGAGCUGCGGCGGCAGGAGCUGGAGCGAGACGAGGAGGCGCUGGCAUCCAAGCGCUUCCGGACGGAGCGCUGUGCAGAACGGCAGGAGAACAAGGAGAACGUGCUGAGGUGGGUCCCGGGAACCCCUUUCUUUCCCCCUCUAAUCUGCUUGCUUAGCCUCUCCCCCCAUUACUUCUAAAUAAUUGCAGAAUCAGUUGCGGAAUUUCUAGGAUUGCGGAAUUUCUAGGGUUGUGGAAUUUCUAGGGUUGCGGAAUCUCUAGGGUUGCAGGUGGCUUUGCUGAUGUGCGUUGCCCUCUACGCACGUAUCAUGUGAAUCGGGGAAGACUCCCUUCCUGAAGCCCUGGAGAGCUGCUGCCAGCCAGUGUUGGUCUUAUUGCACUAGAUGGACCAAUGGUCUGACUCUGGAUAGUGAAGGGCUGUAGCUCAGAGGCAGAGCAUCUGCUCUGCAUGCAGAAAGGAGGUCGCUGGUUCGAUUCCUGGCAUCUCCGGGUAGGGAUGGGAAAGAAAGAUCUCAAUCUGAAAUCCCAGACAGCCUCUGCUGGUCAGUGUAGGCAGUGCUGAACUAGAUGGACCCCACUGAUCUGAUUCAGUAUAAAGCGACUUUCUAGGAAGGUUUCUGUCCCUGAUAUGCUGGAGGGGGUUAGCCAAGACACCUCCCUGCCAGCUUACUGGCCCAAUGGUCUCACAGAUCUUAGCCAUCACCCCCCACCUGAAGAUGUGUCCCUUGUGCCUUGUUCCCUACAGAUCACUGCGGCUGGAGGAGGAGCAGAAGCAGCAGCAGAAAACUCUGGACAUCCUAUCCGGGAAGUUGGAAACCAUUCAGGAUGUGGAGGAACUGACUGCUUUGGUGAGUGGCUUGGGGACCUUGUCCUCUUUUGAACGUGCCUGCCUUGGCUUUUGAAGUAGAGGGGAUAAAGAGACCGAACAAAGAGCCAAAGUCCCGUGUUCGAAUCCUGUCCCUUGCUGUUGGGCAAGCCCCAUCCUCUCUCAGUAUAAGCUGUCUCAGUUUGCAAUAUACUUGGGACUCGUUUACUUCUGAGAUUACCCCCACUCGACCGCUUCAAUCUGCACUUGUAAGAAAUGGGUUCUUUUAGUGCGGGAACUCUCUGGGAAACGCUCUGAAUUUUCAGAAGCUUGAUGUCGAUAUGAACUUCACGAUUGCAAAGUGGCAGGCUGCUGGCUUCCUUCCUGCAGCUUUUUACUUGGGUCUGAGCUGGCUGGGAGUUCUGGAUCCGACAUUCUCCAGGCUCUGGGGAGAAAACUGCCUCGUUUGUCUCUUUCCCCGGCCGCUGCUAAGUGCCUUGGCAAGGAAAGAGUGCCAUUUAGUGGCCAGCUCAUGUAACUGUCCCUGUAUUUCAGGGAUUUUGGGGGGGGGCACUUUUCCUCCAGAGGGCCACAUUCUCUCCUGGACAACCUUCUGAGGGCCACAUGCUGGUGGCGGGUAGGGCCAGAGUCAAAGUCAGACAGAGCAAUGAAUGUGCACUUUGCCUUAGGACGCUAGGCUGGUUUCUGCAGACACUCCAUUACCUCUUUCUGGCCUCCAGCCACGCAAGUAAGAGGCAUGGUUAGAGUCCCAGGUCACAUCUUGUUCCCCAUUGUCAGAAAUCGAUCUUUCAGUGAGACAGCACCUAUGGAACUCCCUGCCUCUUGAUAUCAGGCAGCCGACUUCACUGUACUCUUUUCAGAGCCCGCUAAAAACAUUUAAAAAAAAAUAGAUAAGCCCACCCAGAUGCAUAGAACGUUGAUGCGAGUUUUAAUCUGCUUAUAUUCUAUUGUUAUUUUACCUGUGAAUUUUUCCGAAUGAUAAUUUUAUUGUAUUACCUUUGAGGUAAACCAACCCCACCCCCUUUUUUUGCAAUAAAGCAGUGCCUAAAUUUUGUGAAAUAAGAAUAAUAAAAUCUCAGCUGUUCAAAAGUAUCCAGGGAAGGCGUGAAGCAAAGCUGGAGAGGGGUGUGGCCCAAGGAGAGGGGGUGUGGCUUUCGAAGAUGUGUGUCCUUGGGAAAGCACCCAGGGCUAGACGGAGAUGCCUGGGCGGGGGCAUGUUUGGUCUCUGCACCCUACCCCUUCAAUGCUGCAUCUUAGGAUGUCUGGCUGUGGCCAACAGGUCCCUCCUUGAAAAGCAAGCAGGGUCUUCUCAGUGUUGGCCCCUCCGUUUCACCAUGUGGAGAUCACCCAUGUUUCUCCUCAUUUUUUAAAAAAUGAAUAAAAAUGACACACUUGUCUAACCAGCGGGUAUUCAUGUGCAGGUUGGGGCUCACAGCAUCGAUCCUGCCUGCACCCAGUUGACCCAGAGCUGGCCUUGACUUGGGGAGAACGAGGCAGGCCUGAAGCCGGCCUGUAAAAGUGGCUGACCUUUUCUUUUCUCCCAUCAGAUGCGGGCGGCCAGUGAAUACGAGGAACGGAAACUGAUCCGUGCCGCCAUUCGCAAACUGCGUGCUGAAGAAAUUGAAGGUACGACGGGCUCUGACUUAAGGGGAGGACGAGAGACCUGAAGCCUCCCUAGGGAGUUUGUGUGUGUCUUCCAGGAAAUGUGAGGGCCGGAAAGGAGGGGGCUGGCGAAAGUGCGGAAGGAACACCUGAGAGACCAUUUUGCUUAUUUGUAUUUGUUGCUUAUUAUUGUGGCUCCUUAACAAAUUGUUUUAAAUACAGUGGUACCUCUGGAUACAAAUGGGAUCCAUUCCAGAGCCCCGUUUGCAUCCUGAAGUAAACGCAACCGGGUCGCGAUUUGCCGCUUCCGCGCAUGCGCGUGACAUAAUUUUGCCCGUCUGUGCAUGCGUGCGGGGCGAAACCCGGAAGUAACUCGUUCCGUUACUUCCGGGUUGCUGCGGAGCGCAACCCGAAAGCACUCAACCUGAAGCAACUUCAACCCGAGGUAUGACUGUAUGGCUUUUAAAAGUUGUUGCAUACCGCCCUCGGGAACAUCCAGCCGAUUGUUGGAAGAUUCAGGGCAGAUAAGAGAGAGAACCCCUUUGCACGGUACAUUGUUAAACUACGGAACUCACUUCCUCAGGAGGCAGUGAUGGCCGUUAACCUAGACAGCCAGGACUGUCUUAGGCAUAUGCGGCGCUGGGUGCAAAGAUCCACCCAGUGCCCGCCCCCCGUUGUCCAGUUCCAGGCCUCAGCGUCUCGCUGGCUCGGUCGUCCUUGAACUUGCGGCGCAGAGCCGCCCGCAGCAGAAGACCACGCCGUGGUGCUCCGACCAAUGGGUGGGUUCUUCCCUGGAUUCAACUCUCGGGCCCGGGGCUCUCGGCCUGGCACCCCUGAGAGCCCGGCGCCCGGGUGCCCCGCACCCCUAGUGCCUAUGGGUAAGACAGUCCUGUAAAGGGACCCCUGACUGUUAGGUCCAGUUGUGACCGACUCUGGGGUUGCAGCGCUCAUCUCGCUUUACUGGCCAAGGGAGCUGGUGUACACCUUCCGGGUCAUGUGGCCAGCAGGACUAAGCCGCUUCUGGCGAACCAGAACAGCGCACAGAAACGCUGUUUACCUUCCCGCUGGAGCGGUACCUAUUUAUCUACUUGAACCUUCACGUGCUUUCGAACUGGUAGAUUGGCAGGAGCAGGGACCGAGCAACUGGAGGUCACCCCGUCACGGGGAUUCGAACCCCCAACCUUCUGAUUGGCAAGUCCGAGGCUCCGUGGUUUAACCCACAGCGCCACCCGCGUCCCAAGACAGCCCUGUAGACUGCUUUAAAAGAGGAUCAGAUAAAUUUGAGGUAGUGGAGGUUUUCAGUGCCUACUAGCCAUGAUGCCUCCACUAUUGGAAGCGGCAAGGCUUCUGAAUGCCAGUUGCUGGAAACUGCAGAGGGGGAGAAUGGCUCUUGGGUGAGAAUCCUGCUUGCGGGUUUCCCAGGUGAGGCAUCUAGUUGACCACUGGGAGAAGAGGAUGCUGGACUAGAUAGGCCAUUGGCUGGAUCCAUGCUGGUGGUGGGCAGGCCUGGGCCCCACCCACCUGUCAACUAUGCAGAAAAGCAUGCCGCCCAGCCAAUUGGCCGUGAGGACAGCUGCGGGGCAUGCUGAUUGGUGCAUUCCUUGGCCGCCGCCAUUCAGUUGGGUGGCAGCGGGCAGAAGGAUGGUGGGAACAGCUGAAGAGCGUGCGGGUCUGUGGCGGGGAAGAGGAUCCGCUGGCCGGAGGAGAGGCAGCACGGGGGCCUUGCGGAAGUCAGUUGAGGGCCGCAUGCGAGGAGUUGCAAAUACGUGCAAGGAAGCAAACCUCCAGAGGCGAAACCUGCUUUAUUUAUUCUCUUCCUCUCUCAAGCUGCAGCUUUGGCGGGGAAAGCUUACUAUAACCGGCGGGAGACGGAUGAGGCCCUGGCGGUCAAAGGAAGGGAAGGAAACACAGCGGACGGGGACAUCUCUGAGGUGAGCGGAAGUCAUGUGCAAAAAGAAGGUCACAAACGUACAAAUCAGCUCUUCUCUCUGCCUCUCCUCCAACCUCCCACCCUCCACCCAUUCCAUUCCUCAUGCACUUCACCUUGUAAUGAAUUCUUUCACAGAUUGGCCGAAACAUUGUGAGUCUAAGUAAAGUAAGGACCCUGACCAUUAGGUCCAGUCGUGGCCGACUCUGGGGUUGCGGCGCUCAUCUCGCUUUACUGGUCGAGGAAGCCGGCGUACAGCUUCCGGGUCAUGUGGCCAGCAUGACUAAGCCGCUUCUGGCGAACCAGAGCAGUGCACGAAAACGCCGUUUACCUUCCCGCCGGGAAGGUGCACUUUGAGGUGCUUUCAAACUGCUAGGUGGGCAGGAGCAGGGACCAAGCAAUGGGCGCUCACCCCGUCGCAGGGAUUCGAACCACCGACCUUCUGAUCGGCAAGUCCUAGGCUCUGUGGUUUAACUCACAGUGCCACCGGCGUCCCAUAGUGCCACCCGCGUCCCAUGUAAUUCUUAAGUAUGCAACGUGAAAUAGUGCGCAUUUGGAGUUUGUGAAAUUUAAAGAAAAAGGAAUGUGACACUGAAAAAAAUAGGGGAAAACAGGGCCCCUGCAUAUCAUAUAAAGACCGUCUAUUUAAAACUUUUUCUUAUGAGGCAAUAAUCGAUAUUUUUAUUUAUAGACAUAUUUAUGGACAUAUUUAAAGCCGAUUUUGCAGGGGCCCCCUCACCUGCACCCCUGGUGGGAGCCUUCCUCACUACCCCCUAGCUAUGUCCCUGCCGGGAAGCUGCCUUAGAUGUAGUCAGACCCCCUGAUCCAUCCAUCCCAAUAUUGCCUACACUGACUGGCAGCAGCAGCGGCUCUCCGGGAUUCCAAGCAUGGAUUUUCUGCCUGCCCUACGUAGAGAUGCCAUUGGUGACCGAACCUGUAUCGUACUGCCUGCAAAGCAGGCCCCCAGGCCACCUGAGCUGUGGCUGUCCUGGUGUUGUUGCACAGCUAAUGGGGUCAGGGACAGUGGGAGUUUUAGCUUGGAGGGCCACAGAUUCCCCUCCUCUCUCCUAGGAGGUCUGGGGUGAGCCGAGGGGUGUGGUUUGCAGGGGUUCGCCUUGGAAGGGCCGUUGGUUGCUGCCGUUUCGGUCCUUGUUCAGUUUGGCAGGACUCUGGGCUCACCCGCGAGCAUCGCGCCCUGCAGGGUUUGUGGGAAAUGCAGCGUUGCAGAUUUGGGUUUCCCGAGCAGUGGUGUGAGUUGUCCACUAGAUGGCAGUUUUCUCCCAGGGAAAAAAAAGAGAGGAAGAUUUCGGUCUAGCCAGGUCCUUGCUUAGAAGCUUGUUUCUGAUGAAGGGUGUCUGGAGUUGCCAUGCUCACACACCCCUCCAACUCACCCCCCAACCUAGAUGGACGCAGAAACAUUUGUCUUCCCUCCGUGGGGUUUUGCUCACUUUGAACUCCAAUCCAUGAAGACGGGCAAAUACAUAUAUAUAGAGAGAGAGGGAGAGAGAUAUUGCAUCCUUAUUCAAUCAUGGUGAAUUUUUAAAAAGAGAGCUGUGUUCUACAUUUAAACUGGCACAUGCUGCGGCCCCAAUCCAAAUCACUGCCUUCCUCCGCCAGGUUGCUUUUUGGAAAAGACAUGGGGCAUGGGUGGGGGGGCCCUACGGUAGUUUUGGACGUCAACUCCCUCCAGCCCACCCUCCCCCCCCCCCAGCCGAGUUGGAAGCUGCAAUCCAAAAAUGGCUGCACUGACUGUGGCCGAUGGAAGUUGUAGUCCGGGAACACCUGGAGGGCACUGGAUGCUUGUCGAAGGCUGCCUUCAAACAGUCGUGCGGGUGGUCUCUCCCCUGUUGCCGCCCCCCGUGCAAAGCCCCCUCUCAAAUUUCUCCUCCCUCCACGCAUCCCCCCCCCCAAAUUCCCACAUUCUGUUCAGCAUCUUUGAAAAAGAGUCAGGGGACCGGGGACUGUGGUUGCCUAGCAACCCAGAGUUAACCUGGAUGGAUGGAUUAUUUUGAGGAGGGGGCUGCAUCUGGUUGCUUAGCAACCGCUCCCACAUAGAUGCACGCUCUGCCUAAUUGUUCGUUGUGGUAGGGGGAUCGGCUCCCUAAUUUCAACGGCUCCCAUAGUUUUGGACCCUCGUCUUGUUUUGGAGAGCAGGACCUGAGGAGAGCGUUUGGAUGGGUGUGACAAGGUAGUGUGUGUGUGUGUGUGUGUGUGUGUACACACGUCUGCUGGAUGCUGCCCUCGGCUGGCUGUCACCAAACCUUUGUCUGCCUCUCAGAUUCUUUCUCUGAGGUGCUACACCUGACCUGUUGUGUGGUGAUUUGGGGACACCUCCCUGCAGGUGAAUAAAGACCUUGCUUAAAAAACGAAAUAAAAAAACCUGGAUCCUUGAUUCCGUGCCGAUUCAGAACCCUGUCGCCUCUGGGCUUGCCGUUGCAAACGCAGGUCUCUGCUGCCACUUUGCACAUGCACAGACGCCCGUAAGGGUGAAAAGCCCAUCCUUUGGAAGCUACUUUUCUAAUCGGGCAUCGGAUCGAAAGGGUGUGGCAGUAUGCAAGUGGAUGUUUGCGGCUGCAGGUGUGCUCAGGUGAGGUCGCCGAGUCGUAUGCAGAGUGAUGCCGGCUGACGCCGCGCUCUCCCUCUCCCAUCUCUCCUCAGGUGCAAGAGCGGGAAUUGAUCAGGGCCCAGAUCCGGGAGCUGCGAAGCCAGCAGCGUCAGGACGCGAAGCCAGCAGACAUGCCGGGUGAGUCUACCUCUGCGAUCAAGGGUCGGGGAACUAAGGGUUGGGGUUUCUCUCUUCCGCCGGUCGUGACCUUCCUUCCUGUCCAUCCUUUCCGGCAGAUUCCUCCACCCCCGCGGGAACUCUCCUGUUGCUGGACCCUGUCGCCGGCCAAGCACCCGCCGAGCCACCCUCGCUGUCAGAGAGCGGGCCGGAUCCAGAGUCGAGCGCCGAGGCCAGCUCCCGAGACAGCGACUCCAGGACUGAAUCGCCUCCCGCUUCCGAGGAGGAGACGGGCACCGGCCGCAUUUCCGCUCCAGAAGACCGCGAGGGGUUGAGAGCUCCCGAAGGAGGGUCUGCUGCCAGCGAGCCUCUGCAAGGGCUGCCAGAUGCUCCGAGCGCAGUGAGCGAUUCCUCCCAGGAAGAAGAGGCUUCCCUGAAAUUACUGAGCAAAGAGACUGCGAGAGAACAGGUAUGUGGGCGCCAUUCCCCCUAACCUCACAGGAAGGGGAUGAAUAGUGCAAGUGUGGGGAGAGGUUUGCCACCCAAGGGCCACCUUCCCUUCUGGGCAACUUUCCAGGGGCCGCAUGGUGGAGAUGCGAGAGGUCAGGGGUCAAAGUGGGCGGGGCAACGAAUGCACAUUCUACAGUAGGGUAGUAUCUAUACAGCUCUCCAUCCUUCGUUUUGAGGGUCCGAGGACACAUUUUAGGCAAGCAGGAACUUUCAGGGUGCAUGUGAGGUGCUGUGUGGCCUUGGGGUGAGAGGGUGUGGCUGGUAGGGAGGGAAGAAGGCAUCAUUUGCCCUUCCGCCUAGUACAGUUGUACCUCAGGUUACAGACGCUUCAGGUUACAGACGCUUCAGGUUACAGAUUCCGCUAACCCAGAAAUAGUACCUCGGGUUAAGAACUUUGCUUCAGGAUGAGAACAGAAAUCGGGCUCUGGUGGCGCAGCGGCAGCAGGAGGCCCCAUUAGCUAAAGUUAGCUUCAGGUUAAGAAGGCCCCAUUAGCUUCAGGUUAAGAACAAUUUCAGGUUAAGAAUGGACCUCCGGAACGAAUGAAGUACUUAACCCGAGGUACCACUGUAUUUGCCACAUGUAAAAAGCAAGAGAAGAAAACAAUGUCGUUUUUGGUGGAACAGGAACUAUAGCAGAAUGGAAACACUGCUGUAACUCCCAACAUUAUUAUUAUUUUUUGCUAGAGAGGAAGCAGCCAGCAGUGGGCGGCCCUCGCUCCAGGAUCCCAAGAGGGGUUGCACUGAGAACCCCCUUCAUAAAAUGAAGGGGAAAGACCUCUGUUUUAGCAGAGGCGUUCAGUGCAACGCCAGCCCACCCCACCCAUCCAGGUCCUUGAGCCCAUCACCGUCAGAGAGGCUUGUCACCCGAUGUCAUUGCAACAGAGAGACAGUGAGGUGUAGUGGUUAGAGCAUUAGUUCCCAAAGUGGGUGGUAGGGCCCACUGGUGGGAUGGUGGGAUUACCUGGGGAGGCACUAAGAGGCAUGAAGAGGCAGCAGCUGGGGGUGGGGGCAGGUGCUGGAAGUGUAAAUAACCAUUAGAGUUUGAAAGACUGCUAUCUCUAGAUCAAGUUCAUCAAUUUGGUUGAACUAAUUCAGCUAAAUGGUUGGAGUUUGAAUAAAUGUGAACGUCAUCAUUACUGUUUUGAACUUCAGUGUGCCAUUCUCUUCCUUAACGAGCCAUGCAAACUGCUUUUCUGAAUACAGUGGUACCUUGGUUCUCGAACUUAAUCCGUUCCGGGAGUCUGUUCGACUCCCGAAACCGUUCGAAAACCAAGGCGUGGCUUCCGAUUGGUUGCAGGAGCUUCCUGCACUCAAGCAGAAACUGCGUCGGACGUUCGGCUUCCGAAAAACGUUCACAAACUGGAACACUUACUUCCAGGUUUGCGGCGUUUGAGAGCUGAUUUGUUUGGGAGCCUAGCCGUUCGAGUACCAAGGUACCACUGUAAUGCUUUUUUACAGGGUAGGGGGAACCAGAGAUGAGUUUAUGGAGCUAAGGGUACGGUGGCCUGAAAAGGUUUGGGAACCACUGAGUUAGAGUGUCGGACUAAGACCUUGGGAGAUCAAGGUUCAAAAUCCCACUUGGCCAUAUAGAAUCAUAGCAUUGGAAGGGACCUGAGGAUCAAGUAGUCCUAUCACCUCCAAUUCAGGAAUAGGAAAUGUCAGGGAUUGAACCUGCAACUUUGACGUUAUCAGCGCUUUCUCAGCCUAAACCUACCUCCCAGGGUUGUUGUGGGGAUUAAAUGAGGAGAACCAUGUGCGCCAGCCUUCAGCUGAUAGCGUAUACAGCGGUACCUUGGUUUAAGAACAGCCCUGUUUACGAACGGUUUGGUACCUCGGUUUACGAACUCCACAAAACCGGAAGUAGUGUCCUGGUUUGAGAACUUUACCUCGGUUUAAGAGCGGAAUCCGAACGGUGGAAGGGCACCGGUGGUGGGAGGCCUCAUUACGGAAAGCGCACCUCAGUUUAAGAACGAUUUUGGUUUAAGAACGGACUUCUGGAACGGAUUGGGUUCGUAAACCGAGGUACCACUGUAAAGGCAAUAAAUCGGGUGGUCAGCAGGUGGGUGGGACCUGCCUCGGGCAAAAUUUGGCCCGUGAGGAAGAGAGGGGCAGACACAGAUCUGGUGGGGUGAAUUCUGGCUGCUCUUUUGAGAUCUGCCAACCUGCGUGGCUGGGCAAUGGGUUUGAUUUUUACCCUAUUUUCUCUCCAACCUCCCGCAGGAUGCACCUCAAGCCCCAGAGCAGGAAGCAGAUGUCGUGGACAGCAGAGAAAGUGGUAAGGUCUUGAGCCAAGCAUAACAGGCUGGUGGACAUUGGCUGAUGGGUGCUGGGUUGCACUGGGGGUGCUGAGCCUAUUGAGAGGGGGGCUGCCUUUGGGAUGCUGUGGGUCAGCCUGCACUAGAUAUGCUGUUAGCUGCAGCCAGUGUGGCUGGGGAACCCUUAAACAUGAGGAUGUCGAAAUGUCCCUUCGACGGAGCCAAAGCCCUUGCUCCAUCUAGCUCAGUGUUGUCUACACUGACCGGCAGCAGCCCUCCAGUGGUUUUUGGACAGGGAUAUUUCCUUUCCAGUCCUAACUGGAGAUGUUGCAUGGCAGUGAACCCGGCACCUUCUGCAUGCAGAACAGAUGCACUACGGCUGAGCUGGUGGCCCUUUGCCAUACUUGAGCCAGAAACCUGGUCAAUCUGGCUCAGUAUUUUCUAUCUACACCAGGCAUCCCCAAACUUGGCCCUCCAGAUGUUUUGGGACUACAACUCCCAUCAUCCCUAGCUAACAGGACCAGUGGUCAGGGAUGAUGGGAGUUGUAGUCCCAAAACAUCUGGAGGGCCGAGUUUGGGGAUGCCUGAUCUACACCAACUGCCUGCGUUUCCCAGCCCUGCCUGGAGAUCUUGGGAAUUCCACCUGCGACAUUCUGCAUGCAAAGCAGAUGCUCUACUGCUGACCUAUGACCUUCCCCCAUAUCACAGGAAGCUGCUUUAUGUUAAGUCCAUCUAGCUCAGUACUGUCAACACUGACUGGCAGCAGCUUCCUGGAGUUUCAGACCAGGGCCUCUUCCUGCCCUACCUGUAGAUGCCUCUGGGGAUUGAGCCAGGCACCUUUUGCACGCAAAUUAGAUGCCCGGCCAGUGACCUAUUGGUCCACCUAAGCCAGUGCUGCCUACACUGACCUGCAGCAGCUCUCCAGGGAUUCACAACUGUACCCGGAGAUGUCAUCGGGGAUUGAACCUGGAACCUUUUGCAUGCAAAACGGAUGCAUUACCGCUGAGCUGUGUUCCAUCCCCAAGUGGCGUCCUUUCCCUUCUGCUGAAAGAGAGCUGUGUGUUCAUCAUGCAUGUACUCCCACCAGCCCCAACCGGCGGCCCACACCUUCCUUUCUAGAAACCCUACCCGUGUCUGGAAUCAUGGUGUGUGUGUGUGUGUGUGUGUGUGUGUAGUAGGCCCUGUAAGGCAUCCCAGAGCUCUCUGGCCACAGGCUGGCCUUGACGGCGUGGGGUCACUUGCUUACGAGAGUUGAGCGCGAGCCCUGGGAGAGAUAAUAAUAAUAAUUUAAUAAUUUAUUAUUUAUACCCCCGCCCAUCUGGCUGGAGAUGCCUCAUCUAGCCUUUAAUCCCGGCAACAUCCUUGCCCAAGCCUUAGACCUCGCCCUCUCUUCACCCCAGCUUCAAUUUUGGAAAAACUCCGGCCACCCCUGUCCCAUCCUCUGUCAGACUCCGCAAAGACGGGGUCAGGCCCCUCGACCCGGAUCUGCUGCAAAGGCCCUGGCCCUGGGAGACGUGCCCCUUGUUUUGGGCCCUGGGCCUCUCUCUGCGGUUGUCCUUGCAUCCCCUCCCUGCUUUUCCCCCUUCUGCCAGGCAGCGUCUAAGGCUUCCUCCAAGGGCCAUGAAAGGGAAUCUGUUGCUCCGCCAAGCUGGACCUUUUGCAUUCCUUCUCCCAAUAAGGUCAGGAACGGCUCCUCGCUCCAUCCUCAGCUGCCUUCUCCCUCCCACCCCCCACCCCGUCUUCCUUUCUCCUCUGGGCUUUGCUCUGUCCCAGUCUCUCUCCCCCCCCCCCUUGUUCCCUGGCAGAUCAAGGAGGCUCCAGGGCCCCCUUUUGCAAACACAUUCUCCCUCCACUUCGACUGAAUCUCCAAUCUUCAGUCACGUUCCUUGUUGCCUCUCUCGCCUUCUUAACUUUCCCGAAGGGUGCAGAGACUCCCAAGAGUUUGGCGAGGCCGGCUGCGGAAACCGACGGGAGGUGUUUUUUUAAAAAAUAAAAAAGCACAUUGACGUCUUUUGUUGCUCUUCUGCAGUUCAUCACCCUGGGAUCUUUCGGGAGGGAGGGCGAAUCGUAAAUCCAGUGCUUAAUAACAGUCGGAAAGGAAUAAUUAUGAAGAGUCGUCCUUUCCUCUGGCCCCAAAGUUCAGCCACAGGGCAGAAGUUGUGGCUCUUCUUGCACAACAAACACACACACACACACACCAUGGAAUGGGAACUCCUGGCAACGAGAAUUCUUACAAGUGGGGAACUGGGACAGGCUGUCCUGCUAUUGCAUGUUUUUGAAGACCUUUUGCAUCAUUAUUGUCUAUUAAGGCCAGGCACCAUCACCCCCCUUCGCAGCUAUUAUUAUGGCUGUAACUGAGUGACACGACAUCAGCCUUGCCUGCGCAAGGUCUUGAGUUCAAUCCUCUGCUGAGAAAAGACCCCUGCCUGAAUCCCUGGAGAGCUGCUGCCAGUCCGAGUGGACAGUACUGAGCUAGAGGGACCCAGUGGCCUGACUUGGUAUACGGCAGCUUCCUACAUUGAUUUUAGAAUGAAUUGAUUUUAGAAUGUAUUUUAAUUAAUUGAUAGUGAUUUUAUGUAAACUGUGUUACUUUUAUUGUUGUUAGCCGCUCUGAGCCCGGCUUCAGCUGGGGAGGACGGGAUAUAAAUAAAUUAUUAUUAUUAUUAUUAUUAUUAUUAUUAUUGCUAUUACUACUACUACUACAUUCCCCUUCAAUCUGGCCUUUUAUCCAGAACAGUGAGGACUAGAAUCUUAGCUCUUCUUAAAGCGGAAGAUGCCACAAGCUCAGUGACAGAUGGUGCCUGCUUUGUGCAUAAGUAGGUCUCAGGUUCAGUCCUCUGGGCAGGGCUGGGAAAAUUCAGCUUGGUGUUCUCGACACUGACUGGCAGCAGCUCUCCAAGGGAGAUGCCUGGAGGGGCCAUUGGGGUUUCACCUGGGGCCUUCUGCAUUCCAAGCAGGUGCUCUGCCACCAAGCUAUGCUCCUUCCCCGCUGGAGAACCCCUUUGUCUAACCCCGUGGUUCCCAACGUUGGGCGCACACCCCACGGUGGGGGGCAAUUUGAUUUCUAAGGGGGGCAAUUUGAGAAUGAGCUAUUAACACUGAAUGGCCCUUUAGGCUUCCUCCAUGUGAAUAGGAGUUCACUUUUUGAAUAAUAAGAAUUAUAUGUCACGGGGUGGGGUAGGGGUGUCAGGAUUUUAGGGAUGCUUAGGUGGGGCAUGGCCCAAAAAAAAAAAAAAGGUUGGGAACCACUGGUUUAAGCCCUUGAGAAGCUUCAGAACCUUUCUUUAACAUAGCUUCAUUUCUCUUCCCCCCCCUUGACAGUUUCCUCAGCAGCUCCAUCCAGUGCCGCCCCCCAGACCCCUGCCCCUCCAGAUGCCCACUGCGGUGAAACCACACAACCGACGCCACGCCAGGCAACCAGCACAGGUAACAACCGUCUGGCCUAGCAACGGAUUGCUUCAUGGCUGUGUUAGGGGGACAUUCAUUCUCUCUCUCUCUCCUUCUCUGUGGCAUAGUUGCUACUUAUCCAACAGGACAGAGAUGGCAUUGUGUGGGUUUUGUUUCAGCCCCCUCCCAGGUGUUCUGCAUUAUUUUUAUUUUUAUUAUGCCUUCCAAAGGAAGCUGCCUUAGAAUCAUAGAAAUGUAGAGUAGGAAGAGGCCCUGAGAAUCAUCUAGUCCUGUGGUUCCCAACGUGGGGCACAUGCAACACGGAGGGGGGGAAUUCAAUUGGGGGGGCAAUUUAGAAGCUGGUCUAGACAAAGUUAAUGGCCUUUUAGGCUUCUUCCAUGUGAAUAAGAAAAGAAUUAUAUGUCACCGGCGGGGGGGGGGGGGGAUCAGGAUUUUAGAGAUGCUUAGGUGUGCAUGGGACGCGGGUGGCGCUGUGGGUUAAACCACAGAGCCUAGGACUUGCCGAUCAGAAGGUCGGCGGUUCGAAUCCCCGCGAUGGGGUAAGCUCCCGUUGCUCAGUCCCUGCUCCUGCCCACCUAGCAGUUCGAAAGCGUCAAAGUGCAAGUAGAUAAAUAGGUACCGCUCCGUCAGGGAGGUAAACGGCGUUUCCAUGCGCUGCUCUGGUUCGCCAGAAGCGGCUUAGUCAUGCUGGCCACAUGACCUGGAAGCUGUACGCCAGCUCCCUCGGCCAAUAAAGCGAGAUGAGCGCUGCAACCCCAGAGUGGGCCAAGACUGGACCUAAUGGUCAGGGGUCCCUUUACCUUUACCUAGGUGGGGCAUGGCCAAAAAAUGGUUGGCAACCACUGAUCUAGUUCAACCCCCUGCAAUGCAGGAAUAUGCAACUGUCCCAUACAGGGAUUGAACCUGCAUCCUUGGCAUUAUCAGCACCAUGCUCUAACCAACUGAGCUAUCCAGACCCAACAGUAGACAUAGGAAUAUACGAAGCUGCUUUAUACUGAGUCAGAUCAUUGGUGCAUCUACCUCAAUAGUAUCGACACUGACUGGCAGCAGCUCUCCAGGGUUUCAAGUAGGGGACGUUUUCUGCCCUACCGGGAGGUGCUGUUGGGGAUCGAACCUGUGGCCUUCUGCAUGCCAGGCAGCUGCUUUUACCGUUAAGCCGUGGCCCUUUUUAAACAGGAACAUAGGAAGCUGCCAUUAUACUGAGUCCUCUCGUCGCUCCAUCUAGCUCCAUGUCUUUUACACUGGGUGGCAGCAGGAGCUCGCCAGUGUUUCAGGUUUCUCCCAGCCCUACUUCGAGAUUGCGGGGAUUUGAAUCCGGGACGCUCUGCAUGCAAAGCAGAAGCGCCUCCACUGAGCCACGGCCAUUCUGCAUGGAAGAAAUUGGUCAUUUAGUAUAAUAGCACCUACAUUUUGGGACUCUCUGCCUGGACAUCAGGAAAGUGCUUUUGCUCUACUCAGUUAGAUGCCUGCCUGAAACAUUUUUGUUUAAGCAAGACUACCCAGACACUCAGGAUACUGAGAUGAGUUUUAUCCCUCUUUAGGAAGGUGCUGUGGUCUAAACCACUGAGCCCCUUGGGCUUGCCGAUCAGAAGGUCGGCGGUUCAAAUCCCUGCGACUGGGUGAGCUCCCUUUGCUCGGUCCCAGCUCCUGCCAACCUAGCAGUUAGAAAACAUGCCAGUGCAAGUAGAUAAAUAGGUACCGCUCUGACGGGAAGGUAAACAGCGUUUCCGUGCUCUGCUCUGGUUUCAGUGUUCCAUUGCACCAGAAGUAGCUUAGUCAUGUUGGCUACAUGACCCGGAAAAACUGUCUGUGGAGAAACGUUGGCUCCCUUGGCCUGAAAACGAGAUGAGCGCCGCAACUCCAUAGUUGUCUGCGACUGGACUUAACUGUCAGGGGUCCUUUACCUGCUCCACUGAAUUGAAAUUUCAGCCUUCACGACAUAGGAAAACAGCCAAGUAAACAGCUGUUUUCGUGGAGGAGGGUCAAGAUAUUAACUGAUACGCAUGAAAUUCCAGAUAUAGCUAUAUAAUCCCUAGUGUAGUAAGAUAAGACCUUUGGAGCAGGCAUUUUCAAACAAAAAUUUUUAUGAACCACCCUACUGAUCAACACCCAAUGCCCUUUUAAGACGUGUGGUAGAAAUGUGGUGGUUUUUGUUAUGCAUUUUGUGUUUUUUAUACAGUGGUGCCCCGCAAGACGAAUGCCUCGCAAGACGGAAAACCCGCUAGACAAAAGGGUUUUCCGUUUUCGAGUUGCUUUGCAGGACGAAUUUCCCUAUGGGCUUACUUCGCAAGAUGAAAAUGUCUUGCGAGUCUUGAGAUUUUUUUUUCCGCUUUCCCCCCCCUUUUUCUAAGCCGCUAAGCCUUUAAUAGCCUUUUAGCAGCUAAGCCGAUAAGCCUUUAAUAGCCGCUAAUCCGCUAAGGCGCUAAUAGGGUUGCUUCGCAAGACGAAAAAACCGCUAGACGAAGACACUCGCGGAACGGAUUAAUUUCGUCUUGCGAGGCACCACUGUAUUGUGAUUUUAUGUUGUCACCACCCUGAGGCCUCUGGAUGUAGGGCGGCAUACAAACAACAACAACAACAACAACAACAACAACAACACACUCCUUGCUGUUUUCUCACAGGCAUCUGGCUGGCCAUUGUGAGAACAGAAUGCUGGACAAGGUGGGCCUUUGGCCUCAUCCAGCCAGCCUCUUCUUAUGACCUUAUGCUGCUUUGCCCAGUUUACUUAGGGGGCUUCUGGUCGGUGUCCCUGGAGGCAUAAGAAUUUAAGCCAGAGUGGCUUGCCAACCCAAAUAAAAUUAAGUAAAUAAAAAUAUUAUCAAACAAACAACCAACAAUGCUUCUGCUGCAGGCAGCCCCAGUUUUGAUCCCCAGCAUAUCCAGGUUUGAAGUCCUGGAUAGAUGCUGCCAGUCUGUGUAUACAGUGCUGAGCUAGAUGGACUAAUGGUCUGAAUCAGUAAAGGGGCACAGCUUUGCAGUAUAGAGCAUCCAUCUGCCUUGCAUGCAUAAAGUCCCGGGUUAAAUCCCUGGCAUCUCCAAGGAGGGCUGCAAAUGUCCUUCACCUGCAACCAUGGAGAGCUGCUGCCAGUCAGUGCAGACGCUGCUCACUCUAUCUAUCUAUCCCUGCAAGAUUGGGCUAAUGGCCUGUCCUGUCCUGCACUAGAUUCUCAGAGGCCAACCAAACAUCCCAGUGGGAAUCACGCAAGCAGGACUCGAGUGCAAGAGCAGCUCUCUCUGCUUGUGGCUCUCAGCGGUGGGCAACCGGAGGCAACAUUGAGCUGGACAAACUGGCGGUCUGAUUCAGCAGUAGGCAGCUUCCUCCGUCCGAAAAGAGCCUUCCUCUGUGGGAGCUGUUUUAGAUUUUAAGAACCUAAGUAGAGUUUCCCUGCUGGACCAGGCCAGUGGCCCAUCGAGUCCAUGGCCUCCUGCAGCCCCGAGUUCUGUGAUUUAAUCGCAUGUCGCCUGCCGACAGCUUUGCUUUCAUCCCGAAUCUUCGAAUGUUCAGCUGAGUUCUGCUGAGAAAUGAUGUGCUGUGGACCAAGUGGAUCGGGCAGGGGGAUUUAUCUGGCAGGGAGAAGUUUUCCCUCCUAGCCAUGUAACCCACCCAUGCUUAAUUUUGUAAGAGAAAUGAGAAGGGUUGUUUAGUUGGUUGGUGCUCGGUGCUGAUAAAGCCAAGGUUGCCGGUUCGAUUGCCAGCUACAUAUUCCUGCAUUGCUGCGUGUAGGGCUAGAAUUCAGUGUUUCCCUAACUUGCGUUUCCAGCUGUUUGUGGACUACAACGCCCAUCAUCCCUAGCUAGCAGGACCAGUGGUCAGGGCUGAUGGGAAUUGUAGUCUGAAAACAGCUGGAGAACCAAGUUUGGGAAACACUGGAUUAAACGAUCCUUAGGGUCCCUUCCCUACUGGGACACGGGUGGCACUGUGGGUUAAACCACAGAGCCUAGAACUUGCCGAACAGAAGGUCCGUGGUUCGAAUCCCCACGAUGGGAUGAGCUACCGUUGGUCGGUCCCUGCUCCUGCCAACCUAGCAGUUCAAAAGCACGCCAAAAAGUGCAAGUAGAUAAAUAGGUACCGCUCUGGCGGGAAGGUAAACGGCGUUUCCGUGCGCUGCUCUGGUUCACCAGAAGCGGCUUAGUCAUGCUGGCCACAUGACCCGGAAGCUGUAUGCCGGCUCCUUCAGCCAAUAAAGCCGCAACCCCAGAGUCGGUCACGACUGGACCUAAUGGUCAGGGGUCCCUUUACCUUUAGGGUCUCUUCCAAAUCUACGAUUCUAUGUUUCUUUGACAAGCUGGGGAUUUGGGGCUUCCUAACUUUGAUCUUCCUUCUUGGGACAGGGAAGGACUCUGAGAGUCGCUCACACUGCCUGUGCUGGCGAUGCUCCUUCUGUUAUUGUUUUAAGUGUGUAUAAACUCUGGGAGGAGCUCAGAAGCGUUCUUGGCCAGAUUCCCAGCUUAUGUGAUGCAUAAACUCUCCUCUGUUCCCAAGCCGACAAGCACACCCCUUUCCCUCUCUCUGUCUUGCAGAUUCCCGCCGGGAUCAGCCCUUCCAGCGAUCCGGCUCUGUGUUGGACCGCGCACGAAAGUUCAGCUCGGAGCCCCCCAAGCCGGCCGGCUCUGCGGGCCCCCCCCGGAAGGCGGAGAGUGCGGGCAAAGGCGCCCGGAUCCUGCAGCAGCAGCAGCAGCUCCUGAACCCCCCGCGUGCAGGAGACUUACCUGCCGGGGCACGGGGUGGCAGCAGUGGCACUGCCGGCCGUGCCCUCCAGGAUGCCAGCAGGCAGCGGGGUGCAGAGGAGCAGCAGCAGCCGGCCAAGCCCUCCGCCAUCCAGGCAAAGACCGGGACAGUGAGGCCUCCCGCCGAGAGUCCGGCUGGCCCUAAAGAGGCGGCCAGCCCCCGGGGGCGGAGCCAGGCCGGCCAAUGGCAGGGGAGCAAGUGGGCACCUGCCCGCCCCUCUGCUGAAAACACUCCGGGGAGCUCCUCCGGCUCAAAGGAGCCCCAUGUCCCCCCGUUGAGCUCUUCCUCCUCCCGCAGCCCUCUGCCAGCCCGGGCGCGCAACCUCUGCGCCGCCGAGCCCAGCGACGAGAUGAAGACCCUCUUCACCAUUGAGAUCAAGGAUGGCCGCAGCCAGCCCCUCAGGAGCCAAAUCGUGGCGACCCCAGGGAACCAGCGGGCAGGUGAGUGGCACCGCGGGCUGUGCAUUUGCGUUACCGUCCGGCGCCCUCGGAGGUUGGCACGGGGGCAAAAGUGUCUUAUAGGCACUUCUGCCCGCUCUGUGGAAGUUCCUUAGGGAGAGCACCCAGCAAUUUGUUCGCUGUGAUUCCUGCAUUGCGGCGGGUCAGACUAGACAACCCAUGAGGUCCCUGCCCCCCACUCUGUGAUUCUGCUUCUUCUCGGUUUGGCUCCUUUUGGACAGAAUCGUUUAUUUACUGUGUUUCUUUCCUGGAAAGAGCUCAAGGCAGCGCAUGUGGUUCUCCCUCCGUUCUCACAACAACCCUGUGAGGUAGGUCAGGCUGAGAGAUAGUGACUGACCCAGAGUUGCCCAGUGAGUUUCACCUGGUUGAGUGUAGAUUCGAACCUCAAUCUAUCCCGGGUUCUGGUUGGACACUCUUUAACUAUUCCAUGAUGGCACAAUUGCCACCGGACAUCCCAUAAAGUGACUUUUGAAGUGGACCUGGUCUUGUAGGAACCUUCAAGGCAAGCGAGGAGAAUUUUGCCGAAAGGAGUGGAAUUUCCAGGACAGCAGGCAGGGCAGAGAAUGCGUGUUUUGCACCUUGUGGAUUUCUCCCCUGAUUAAAGUUCUGCCCAGAGAAGCAUCUUUCCCUGUCUGUGGCACUACCUGCUUGUUGAAUUUCUGCCUCUUCUGCACGCAUUAAAGCUCAGAGCCUUUGCCCACAAAAUGCCAGCCAAUUUGCCCCCAAAAUAUGAAAUUGCAGGACAGACUUGGGUGGGUGGGUGUAGUUUGGUCUGGCAAACCUUCUGCAGGGAGAGUCGAAAAUCUUCAGAGAAGUCAGGACAAAAUGCCACGAGCCUGCAUGGAAUUGGCAGCCUCUGCUUUGCCGGCAGAGGUUUGUCUCCUGCUUUAGAGUUGCAAGCGCCGCUUUGCACCAGGAACCCCCUUCCAGAGUUACUUCGUGCAGCGCAAGUCAGAAUGUUGGUCCAUCUAGGUCAGUGUUGCCUUCACUGGCUGGCAGCAACGGCUCUGCAGGAAAUCCUUCCCAGCCCAACCUGGAGAGGCUGAACCGAGGACCUUCCGCUGAUGCUUUUUGUAUGAAGCUACAACCCUCUAUUCUGCAAAAUUGCAUUUUGUGGCAGGGACUUAAAGCACUCUCCUCUCCCAGGUUGCUCCCAGGUUGCUGCUGCCCCUUUAUAAGGGAAAAUAUCUGUUAUCCAUAAGGUUUAAAAGGCUAGAGAUUUGGGUGACAAGGGCUUCUCUGGCCAGUGGGAAUUUGCAGCUGCGGGUUGCAUAGGUAAUUCAGCAAACUGCCUUACACUGUUGGCCCAUCCAGCUCAGCAUUGUCUGCACUGACCGGCAGCAGCUCUCCAGGGGUUUUCAGGCAGGGGACAUUCCCAGCCCCGCCUGGAGGGGCUGCCGGAGAUUGAACCUGGGACCUUCUGCAUGCAAAGCAAGCAGAUAAUCUGCCGCUGAGUUUACAGCCCUUCUCUUGAGGAUAAAUUAAGAUUUUAGUCCCCAGGGUUUUGGUUUGCUUUUUUAAAAAAAGUGCUGAAUUAAAUAGGAAGCUGCCUAAUAUUGAAUCAGGACGCUGGUCUGUCCAGCAGCAACUAUUCAGGGUUUCAAGUAGGAAUCAUUGCCAGCCGUCUCAGGAGAUGCUGGCGGGGAUUGAACUUGGGAACUUCUGCAAUUAUUUAUUUAUUUAUUUAUUUAUUUAUACAUACAUACAUACAUACAUACAUACAUAGAUACAUACAUACCCCGCCCAUCUGGCUGGGUUUCCCCAGCCACUCUGGGCGGCUUCCAACAGAAUAUUAAACUACAAUAACCUAUUAAACAUUAAAAGCUUCCCUAAACAAGGCUGCCUUCAGAUGUGUUCUAAAAGUCUGGUAGUUGUUGUUCUCUUUGACAUCUGAUGGGAGGGCGUUCCCGGGCGGGCGCCACCACCGAGAAGGCCCUUUGCCUGGUUCCCUGUAGCCACACUUCUCGCAGUGAGGGAACCUCCAGAAGGCCCUCGGCACUGGACCUCAGUGUCCGGGUAGAACGAUGGGGGUGGAGACGCUCCUUCAGAUAUAUAGUGGUACCUUGGGUUAAGUACUUAAUUCAUUCUGGAGGUCCGUUCUUAACCUGAAACUGUUCUUAACCUGAAGCACCACUUUAGCUAAUGGGGCCACAUGCUGCCGCCGCACCGCCAGAGCCUGAUUUCUGUUCUUAUCCUGAAGCAAAGUUCUUAACCUGAAGCACUAUUUCUGGGUUAGUGGAGUGUGUAACCUGAAGCGUAUGUAACCCGAGGUACCACUGUACUGGACCGAGGCCGUUUAGGGCUUGCUCUACCACUGAGCCAGAACACUUGCCGUACAGUGGUACCUCAGGUUACAUACACUUCAGGUUACAUACGCUUCAGGUUACAGACUCUGCUAACCCAGAAAUAUUACCUCAGGUUAAGAACUUUGCUUCAGGAUGAGAACAGAAAUCACGCAGCGGCAGCGCAGCUGCAGUGGGAGGCCCCAUUAGCUAAAGUGGUGCUUCAGGUUAAGAACAGUUUCAGGUUAAGAACGGACCUCCGGAACGAAUUAAGUACGUAACCAGAGGUACCACUGUAAUUGCAUGAUGUUUCCAGCAGCUCCUGUGUGUGUGUGUGUGUGUGUGUGUGUGUGUGGUCUCAGCACUUGGAAACUUUCCUGUUCCUGGUGGGAUAAACGUCUGUCGCUGUGGCCGGAGUGUGUCGGAUUGAUCUUCUCAGGGAUUGGGUGCAAAUUCAGAUUACCCACCCCCCAUGAAGCCUUUGAAGUCUUGACUUUUUAUUUUGAGCCCUUGGCGGUGCUGCGGUCGGACUUAGGACAUGGGAGAACAGGGUUCGAAUCCCCCUCUUGGCCAUGAAGCUCACUGGGUUGCCCCCUUUGGCCCGUCGCAGCUUCUCAUCCUGGCCUACCUCACAGGGUUGCUGAGGGGAUUAAAUGAGGAGCGGGGAGAAAAGGGCAGGAUAUAAAAAUACACAUGCACAUACCCUUUUAUGCCUCAAUUUCAUUUUAAAAUGUCAAAGCGACGAACGCAACGGUGAUACGUGAAAACCACAUCAACGUUCGAAACACCGAAUCGCGGUGAUGUUUCCUUUAAUCAUCCUAGUUUUUGAUUUGACCCAGUUCUCUACGACAACGUCUGCCAACCUGGCGCCCUCCAGAUGUUUUGGAAGGCACCGUCCGUCAGCCUUACGGCUGUGCUGAUAAAAGCUGAUGGGAACUGUAGUUCAAAACACCUGGAAAGGCAGCAGAUUAGAGAAAGCAACUCUGGGCACUUGGUGGGUUCGGAGCUUGGAAGUCGAUUUGCCAUGCGAUCCACGCCCUUCCCCAUCUAGAACAGGCUCAUUCCCGGAGCGUUAUGAAGGCUGGCGCACGAUGUCAGAAACUUGGAUAUAUUCCAUGAUCUCCGCUACAUUACCUGACUGCAGCUUGCCGCUUUCUGUUUUCUAUUAGGAGAGCGCCAGCCGCUUUUUAAAAAGCGUCUGGUUUGAAGCCCACCGAAUCUCCAGGGCUUGGGGAGAAGGGCGGGUGGCAAUGCGCCAAGUCUACGCUGGCGAAAAUACAGCCCCUCCCCGGCUUGUGUCCUUUGUGGUUCCUUACCUACUCCUGCCAAGCAGGUAGGCGCAAGCUUUGGGGAGAAGGGACUUGGUGCUCUUUAGCUCAGGUAUGCCUUGUUUCUACAAAGGGAAUGACUAACUUCAGAACUUAAUGUGGACUAGUAACUUGUGCUUUUCAUGCGGACUGGCAACUUGCGGGCUUAAAAGCUGGCCAAAUCCCGAAGCCCCAGUUUGGAGCCCUCCUGUUGCCCCGACCCCUGGCCGCCGGUUCUCACACCUGUGCCUUCUCCCCAUGCCACAGAACUCACCCUGGGGUUGAGAAGCACUCCCAUUCGAAUCACCACCACCAGCAGCAGCGUCGACAGCUCCAGCCAUGGCGGCAGCAGCUCCAGCCUUAAUAAGGUGAGUCUUCCCGCUCCCUGCCCUUCUUCUGCUUUCCUUUCCUUUCCUUCCUUCCUUCCUUCCUUCCUUCCUCUGAUCAUGCCUCUUUCUGCAGGUGGGGGAAACAAAAAGUCCCCUUGGCCCUCCACAAAGCCGUGGAGCCUCAGGGAGGGCGGAGGGCUGCGUCAGUUCUGCAGCUGUGAGAGGCAGAGCGAAGGGCACAACUUGGGCUUUGCGCAGGAGAGGCAGUGACCGUCUAAUGCCCGGCAUCCUGUUCUUACAAGGGCCCUCCAGCUGCCUCAGUGGGUAGCCAGCAAGCAGGGCCCCAGCACAAGAUUUGGGAUUCGGAAGCCUUGCUGCCUCCAAUGGUGGAACCAGAGCGUAGUCCCUAUGGCUAUAGUAGCCAUGGAUAGCCCUCUCCUCCGUGAAUUUGCCCAAUCUUCUUUUAUUUUAAUUUUAUUUUUUGCUUUUUUUUUUUUAAUGAUAUUUAUUAAAGUUUCACAAAAAUACAGAAAACAAAGAAAAAAGUAUAAAUUACAGCAAAAAAGUAAAAAGUAAGAAAAAACAUACAAAAUAAAACAGUUAAAAACACAAUAAUGUUCCAUAACCUAUCUUCCUUACUCUUAUUUCCCCAGACCUCCUCAUACCUCCCUUCUUUGUAUUCAAAUUCAAUUUGUUGGUUCAGCAAAUCCUUACCAUUAAUCUUUUACCCAAUUGUUAACCUUUUUUUUCCAUGUCUCUUAAAGCAUUACAGCUAAAAACCUCUUAGUUUCUAUCCAACAUCCUUCUAAAGUUCCUUAAUUUUACAAUAUUUCUGUAAAUAGUCCUUAAUUUUUUUCCAGUCUUCUUUCACCGACUCUUCUCCCUGGUCUCAGAUUCUGCCCGUCAUUUCCGCCAAUUCUGCCCAAUCUUCUUUUAAAGCUGUCACCAACUCCUGUGGCAGGGAGUUCCACAGUCUAACUAUGCACUGCAUUAAGAGGGUCUUUUCCCCCCCUCCGUCCCGAAUCUUCAAAAUUCAUUGGAUGUCCCUGAGUUCUAGUGUUAUGAGAGAGACCAAACUUUUCUCUAUCCACAUUCUCUUUGCCAGGCAUAAUUUCUUUACACCUCAAUCUUACUCGCCUUCCUUCUAAACCAGGGUUUCCCAAACUUGGGCCUCCAGCUGUUUUGGGACUACAACUCCCAUCAUCCCUGACCACUGGUCCUGCUAGGUAGGGAUGAUGGGAGUUGUAGUCCGAAGACAGCUUAAAGACCCUGCUCUAAACUUAAAAAAAAACUCCAGGUGAUGCAACUUUCCCUCAUGGGGGAGGUGAACCAUUUGGGGUGCCCUUUUCUGAACCAGCUCUGCAAACCCCCCCCCCCCCACUCUGCCAGCGCUCCCAGCCAUGCCCUGGCUGCCUCUCACAGCCUGGUUGUGGAGCAAGCCGGCAGCUCUCCUGCCCGGGCUAAUUAGCCUAAUGCCUCGUCCCGCUUGUCCCUGCCGGCCUGUCGCCUCUCGUUAAGGCAUUAGGCGACCUGCGGCUCCGGAAUCCGGGUGGGCUGCCGCGAGGAGCUGCGCCGACGGGCGACAGGGUUGUGCCAACUCACUCCGGGUGGGCCUCUGGGUGACCGUCCCCUGCAGGUGAGAGCGUGGGAAGGAUCCUGGUCCCGGGACGGGUGUGUGUGUGUGUGUGUGUGUGUGUGUGUGGCAGCCGGCCAGGAGGGUGGAAGUGAAGAGCGAGAUUGCAGCUACGAGGAGGAGCUCAGGCAGUUUGUAGGGCAGGGGAUGCUCUGAGCGGGACAGAACAACAACAGAGGGCCGGGAAUCCGAUCACUCGCUCUUUUCAUCAGCCAUGUGCAUUAUUCAGGAAGCUGUGCAGGAGGCUGGAGCUGGGCCUGGAAAUAGUUGCUCAGGUGAGUUGAGCUGGCCUCCUUCUUCCGUCCCUCUCCCCGCAUUCCUGUCCUGCAGCCCCCAUCUUCAGGUUGGAGCAAUAUCCCUGCACCUUGGCCAGGCCAUCUGAGCAGCGGCAGCUGCGUCGGAACUCUGUGUCAUGUGUGUGUGUGUGUGUGUGUGUGUGUGUGUUCCCCCACUCCUCGCCUCUGCUGCCUUGCAGCUUGUCUGACGACCGGGACAAACAGCAAGGUGGUCCAGCAGCGUUGGCAGCCAGGAGUAGGUGGUGGGUUGGGAUUUUGUCCCUGCUUCGCAGCCACAGCAGAGGGAGGCCGUGCCCGUCUGUGCUGCUUCAGACCCCAGGUAGGGGAUUGAGUGCUUAAAUGCUCCCCCAUAGCAUUUUUUUUAAAAAAAUCCAUGCACAGGGAAAGCUAGCUCCUCAGGAAGAAAGGUUCCUCUUUUCCAUGUGCUAGCUUUCUCACUGCAGGGGUCCCCCCGUGUAAAACCAUUUGACAAUAUGAUUCCUCACCUGUGAUUUGUAGUGAUGCGUUUCAGUUCAGACACAAGUUGAUCGCCUCAUCUGUUGUUGGCAUGCCUUGUUUCCUGCCUCCGUGAUAGGAGGGAUGCUCUCCUUUAUCCCUGAAUGGUUUUUUUCAGUAGUUCUCAUACCCACACACCUGUGAACCCAGGGCUGCCCUGCAGCUCCAUACAUGACCAUUAUGUGCUCCCCAGGGAAGUUUGCCUGGUGCCUUCAUUAUACACCUUUAGGUGCCAGGCCUUUGGUUAAUCCAAUUUACAUCCAAUGCCUGUUUAAAAUGGGGGGGGGUGUUGGCGGGGGGGGGGGUUAGGCUUGUCGUUUUUAUUUUUAUUAGGUAUUUUGUGGUUUUAUAUCUUGAUUUUAUUCUGUGAACCGCCCUGAGACUUCCGGGUAUAGGGCGGUAUAUAAAUUCAAUUAACAACAACAACAACCCCAUUUCGACUGUUUGGGCCGGGAUUUUGGCUCUCGGGUUCUAACUCGGAUGUCCCAAGAUUCUUCCCCUUUUUCUUUCUUUUUUUAAAAAAAUAUUUUCAGUUUUUCAUCAUUAAUACCCUUCAAACUUAAAUCCAGCAGUAUUUGUACAAUUGCAGGAUUCCCUGAACCCCCGGACUUCCUUCCUCCCCCUUCUGGGUUUCCACAGAUACAUUUUUAUUUUAUUUUAACCGCAUCUAAUUACAUUGAUCCAACUUUAAAUAAAUCCUUUACCUGUUAAAAAUUUACAAGUGCUAUAUCAAUCCUGCUAACAUCUUCAAAUCUUUACAUUGUUCUUUAAUGUACUCUAUAAAUUAAUACCAUUCUUUUUAAAAUUUACUAUCAUCUUCCCAGUCAUUUUGACAUACAGUGUUACCUCUGGUUACGUACUUAAUUCGUUCCGGAGGUCCGUUCUUAACCUGAAGCACCACUUUAGCUAAUGGGGCCUCCCGCGCUGCCAGAGCACGAUUUCUGUUCUCAUCCUGAAGCAAAGUUCUUAACCCAAGGUACUAUUUCCGGGUUACUGGAGUCCGUAACCUGAAGCGUCUGUAACCCGAGGUACCACUGUAGUCCAUCAUUUUCACUAUCCACUCUUCCUUGGUUGGUGUUUCUUCUUCCUUCCAUCUUUUUCUUUCAAAGCAAGCUGCCGAUCCCUGUUUGCAGCAGUCGCACUCUUCCCUCCUUCACCAGCGUGGUGUAGUGGUUAAGAGCGGUAGACUUGUAAUCUGGUGAACUGGGUUCGAUUCCCCGCUCCUCCUCAUACAGCUGCUGGGUGACCUUGGGCUAGUCACACUUCUCUGAAGUCUCUCAGCCCCACUCACCUCACAGAGUGUUUGUUGUGGGGGAGUAAGGGAAAGGAGAAUGUUAGCUGCUUUGAGACUCCUUCGGGUAGUGAUAAAGCGGGAUAUCAAAUCCAGACUCCUCCUCCUCUUCUUCUUCUUCUUCUUGUUCCCCUGCUCUGAAUUGCCCAGAGGACGGCCCUUCUAACAGCACCAGCCUCUGCAGCCCCCAGGGGGCACCCUUCCCCUGCCAUCACAAGGCAGCCCCUGCCUCUCCCUGCACUGGGUCCAGCCUACCCCCCACCCACACAGCCCGGCCACCUGGCCCAACUCCAUCAUCCUGUCUUUGUCUGUCACCGGGAAGCGUCCCUCUGCGGGACAAGAAUAGAUGCCCCGGCCACACAAAAGACCCCGCUCAGCCCCGCCGGUCACCAGAGAGCCGUGGUCCCGCCAUUCAGGGCUCCUUUGCACUCUCUCUCCUGGCACUGCCCCUCUGCGCCAUGCCCGGGGUGCCCACCCCCAGCCCUGAGCCGCCCCCGUUCGAGGAGGCUCCCCUGCGGCAGGCCCUGCAGGAGGUCCGCCAGGAGUUGCAGGCGUGGCGCCAGGCCGUCGAGCACCGCGUGGAGGUGGCCCUGGGCUCGGUGCGCCCGCUGGCUGCCGCCCUCGCCCAGCUGCGGGAGGAGAAUGCCGCCCUGCGGGCCGAGCAGCGGCGGCUCAGCCGGGACGUGGCGCUGCUCACCCUCUACCUGGGCGAGGAGGAGAAGGACCCCAGCACCCUGCUGCUGGAGGCGGAAGAUCCCUGCGCCCACUUUGCGGGCACCGAGGAGGCUGGGCAGCCGACGGCCCACCCGCCCACCUUCGCCAGCACCAGGAGGCACUCGGAGGUCCACCUCUCUCGCAGCGGGAGUUUUGUGAGUCGUGCUCUUAUGCCAAACAUGGGUAGGGACGGGUUAGGGGUUUUGGCAUCCGGGGAGGUGUGCCCUCUCUUGUGCCCUGCCUGCCCAUCUUGCUCCCAUCUGACAGGUGUUGUAGUUAGGCCUGGGCGACGUAGCAAUACAUUGCCUGAAACCAGUUGAAAGUUAAAAUCGCGAGAUGGAUUUCAGAGCAGGUGAUGUAUCGUGAAUCCCCGCUUGCCCCUGGCUGCAGCGGUGUUGCAUGCGUCAAUAUGGAGAGCCUGACCAGGCCACCUGAUACUCGCCCGCUCCUGCCCGCCCCCAGAGCCCAACACAAGGGUGGGGAAGGAGGACAAGGUCCCAAGCAGAGAAGAUCGCAUGCCCAAGAUGGACUAUGCCGAAAUGGCAAAAGUGACAGGGAGAAUCAGAAACCAGGAUGAUAAGAAAUUUAAUAGAGACUGGAAAGAAAAAAUAUAGAUUAUCUUAAAGAACACUGUACACAGUUAAAAUCUGGGACACGGGUGGCACUGUGGGUUAAACCACAGAGCCUAGGACUUGCCGAUCAGAAGGUCAGCGGUUCGAAUCCCUGCGACGGGGUGAGCUCCCGUUGCUCGGUCCCUGCUCCUGCCAACGUAGCAGUUCGAAAGCACGUCAAAGUGCAUGUAGAUAAAUAGGUACCACUCCGGCGGGAAGGUAAACGGCGUUUCCGUGCACUGCUCUGGUUCGCCAGAAGCGGCUUAGUCAUGCUGGCCACAUGACCCAGAAGCUGUACGCCGGCUCCCUCGGCCAAUAAAGCGAGAUGAGCGCCGCAACCCCAGAGUCGGUCACGACUGGACCUAAUGGUCAGGGGUCCCUUUACCUUUACACAGUUAAAAAUGUUAGCAGGACCAAUAUAACACUUUGUAUGGUAAUAAUUCUGUGGUUACAAAAUGGAAAUUUGAAUAUAAGUUUGAAUGAUAUUAUAAGAUACAGUAUAAAAGGAAGUAUGUUGGAAAUCACAGGGGAGUCCAAGGAUUCAGAGAAAAAUUGAUUAUAUUUGAAUGCAAGAGUUAUUUGUAAAAACUAAAAUAAAAAUGAUAGAUAGAGUGGGGCUUGCCUGCCUGCCAGCCCUGCCCUCAUUUCUUCUCUGGCUGUGCGAGUGCCAGCGGGCAGCCUCCUCACUCCCUUUUUCCUUUGCACCGAUCACAGAGCCACUUCUGCCCUUGCAUGGUGCUCCAGAGGGUGGCUCCCGGUAGCUGCCGCUUGCAUGGUGCCGGUGGGAGGCUAUCAUCGGGUUAAGCCGCAGCUGGCAGCUUCAGGGAUCCAGCGGUGCCAUGGCAUAUGGUGCCCUUGCUGUUGCACCUGGGGUCGUCUGUGUGGCUGGCCACUGCCUUCUUCCUCCCCGCCCUGCUGUCAGGGAUCAAACCCUAGGACUUUCUGUUUGCGAAGCAGAUGCCCUGCCCUUUAGCUAGAGCGCUUCUGCUCACCCCCCUGACUUUCGUGGUGUAUGUAGGAAAAAGCAACACCCAUCAUGGUUUCCCAGCCCUAGCAUGUUCCCCUCUCCUGCCUCCCCAACACCAGCCAGUCUGCUUCAUUAAAGAAACAGCAAUUUGAAGUAAUGUUACAUAAUGAAGAAGGGUGCCUCUAGGCAUGUGCAGAGUGCCAAGCUGAACAGGUGCUGCUACCGCCUGUAGGGUUAAGGGUGAAUGUCAGGCUUCUCCCAGAAGCCAGGGCUACACACACACACACACACACACACACACACACACACACAUUUAGAAACAAACAUAUAUGUACUGUAUAUUGCUUAAGCAACUUUCUCCCCUGACACCAAUCGGUGGGUUUGUGGGAGGAAGUUCUGAAGUUCAUGGUCACCCUUUAUUGUGGGCAAAUGUCACGCCAGCCCUCUCCUGCUUGUCGCAGCACCAGGCUGGCAAGCACAGCCCUCUUGGCCUUGGAUUGGAGCGGGCACAGAGCAGGCUGUUUGCGCCCCCCGCUCAACCCACCCAGGGUGGAUUAGCUGCCUCUCUGUUUGGGAUUACAGCCGCCUGCUCGGGCGACAGGUGUGCAGAGCCCAGUGGUUGUGGCUUGGCACUUUACCUGCACCAGCCAGGCCCUUCCUCCUCCUCUUCAUGCCAGCUGGGGUGGGGGAUGCGAAACUCCUGCCCAAGCAGCUGCCCGGGGUCGCCUUUCACUGGCCGAGAGCCGGGGAGGCGCGUGAGUGGCAGCCUCCUCAGCCGCGGCUUGUUAGAAAGGCUCCUUCUCUUUACAAGCAGCUGAGCUCUGGGGCCCCCGGCCAGGAAUCUGCGAGCCCCGCUAGCAGCUGGGCCCCUCUCCUGUUGUUGAUCUCGUGGCGCUGGCGGUUUUGUGCUGGGAUUUGCCAGAAGCCUGCGGGACAUCGUCCUGCCGUCAACAAGGACCUGUCAAGUUGUAAAUUGGAGCUUUCCAGACAGAGCGGGGGACUGUGGCGUGCAGGUUGCUUAGCUGUGAUUCUGUGGUGAACUAGAAAAGUGAUCUUCCGUUCCUUGUUUGGAGCACCCAUAACCCCCUACGUGCAACAGCAGGUGUGCUUUUCUUGGGAUGACAAGCCGGCGGCUGUUCAAAUGAACUACAACUCCCAUCAUCCCACACAGAGACGCAUUGGCAGAUUCCUCUAGUGGCGUAGGAGAGCUGAAAAUACAGUCGUACAGUGGUACCUCGGGUUAAGUACUUAAUUCGUUCUGGAGGUCCGUUCUUAACCUGAAACUGUUCUUAACCUGAAGCACCACUUUAGCUAAUGGGGCCUCCUGCUGCUGCCGUGCCGCCGGAGCACAAUUUCUGUUCUCAUCCUGAAGCAAAGUUCUUAACCCAAGGUACUAUUUCUGGGUUAGCGGAGUCUGUAACCUGAAGCGUAUGUAACCUGAAGUGUAUGUAACCCGAGGUACCACUGUACCUUGGUUUUUGAACAGCAUAUUUCCUGAAAGUUUUGGCUCCCGAACACCAGAAGUGACUGUUCUGGUUUGCGAACUAUUUUUGGAAGCCGAAUGUCCGGCGGGUCCUCCGAUUGGCUGCAUCAGCUUCCUGCAGCCAAUCGGAAGUCACGCUUUGGAAGUCAAAUGGACUUCUGGAACAGAUUCUGUUCAUCUUCCGAGGUAUGACUGUAAUGCCAACAUAUUUCACAUCUGGUAUCUGAUGCACCCCUUUGGCUUCAGCUGCUACAUGGGCAGAUGAAUCUAAAAAGACCAGGGCACAAAUUUUCACUGCCCUCUAGCUGCUCAUUUACCAGAAGACAUUUAUUUAGCAUUAACUUUGGAAGUGUCUACUCAAUCCUGACCAAGCUAAGCCCCUUGAUGUAUCCUUUACUCGAGGGCAAGCUUGGCCAAACUUGGCCCUCCAUCUGUCUUGGGACUACAACUCCCAUCACCCCUAGCUAACAGGACCAGUGGUCAGGGAUGGUGGGAAUUGUAGUCCCAAAACAGCUGGAGGGCCAGGUUUGGCCAUGCCCGCUCUAGGGGGAUUAGUUUGGCAUUGGCAUGAAAGGUAUGGAGGGUGGCACCGCGAAAACAGGCCUUUUCUGUGGUGGCACCCUGCUUGUGGGAUGCUCUCCCCAGUGGGGCUUGCCUGGUGCUUUCAUUAUGUAUCUUUAGGCACCAAUGGUUAAACAAUCUGUGGUCUUCUAAACUGGGGGGAAGCUUAAUCGUUUUUGUUUGUUAUUACGGCAUGUAUUUUUGUGCUUCUGUAUUGUAAACUGGCCUGUGAUUCUCUGCUGAAAGGCAGGGUGGAGAUUCAAUAAAUAAUAGCAAUGCCUAUUGCUGCCCUGCACCCCCUUGUCGGCUCUAUGCAAGUGCCGGUGCCCUUGUGGUGUCUUUUAAACCUGGCGGGCAUCCCAAGUGGCAUUGUGUGUGGGUCGUGUUGACAGGGAGCUGGCAUUGUGCUCCCGAGUCCCUGCGAUGAGGUGCCAGCUCCACCUUGAUCCCUGAUCAGCAAACCGCUUCUGAGUAAGCCCUUCUAAUCUCCCCCUAGAAAUCCCCUGACACAGUUUAUCAGGGAGAUUCGUGUUGGAGCCGGCCCAUCAACCAAAGAGCCGCUGUCCCCUCGGUAGAUGCAGGCCUGGGUGUAUUUGAAAACAAGUGCUAUUUAAGUAUGGAACUCACCUGUCGGAGAAUCUCGGCUCUCUUUUUAAAGAAUGAAAUCAAUUGGGGGGGUGGGGGGUGGGAGGAGAAUGGAGUCCCAUAAAAAAUACAACCAGUUAGCUACAAGACACCCAUGCUUUUUUAAUUUUAUGAUAGCUUAUUCUUACCAUAUUUCUUAGUGUGGUGUACAUGUGAUAAGAAAGUAAGGCAUUUAAGAUUAACUCUUUUGUUUGACCCGCUAUUUGUUCAACAAUGCCGGUAACGACCACGGCAUUUCCUUUUCCAAGUAUGCAGAAGUAUUUGUUAAACCACAGCAAUACCUUGGAUCCUGAACGCCUUGCGAGCCGAACGUUUCGGCUCCCGGAAGUGAGUGUUCCAGUUUGCGAGCGUUCUUUGGAACCCGAACGUCCCAAACGACUUCCGUGGCUUCUGAUUGGCUGCAGGAGCUUCCUAUGGCCAAUCGGAAGCCGCGCUUUGGUUUCUGAACGUUUCGGAAGUCGAACAGACUUCCGGAACGGAUUCCGUUUGACUUCCGAGUUACGGCUAUAUUUCGGCUGCAUUUGUGUUCCGUGUUUGCACUGACGCUACUUUACUUCUGGCAUUCUCUCUCUCCUCUUAUUUUCCUUCUGCAAACUUUUCUUUUUCUUACAUUUUUUUUAAAAUAAAAAAAAAUGCAUGGGAAAACAUGGGGAUGGGGGGGGGGACUAAUUAAGCCACCUUGAACUCCUUGGAGGAAAGAAGGUAAGACUAUAAAUGGAAUGAGUAAAAAAGAAAAGAAAAUCAGCGUGGAAGAUCCCGUGUAUGAUCUUCCAAGUUGCUCUUGACCUACAUUGGUGUCAUCCUCUUUUUUUGCUUCAGAUGGAAGCCGAGGUGCCGGUGCACCGGGAGGCAGCGGACUCAGCGUUGUCAAACGGCACCGAGAAAGAGAAGCUGCAGGCCCAGGAACUGCACCAGCGAAGCCGCCUCAGCGCCGAAGAGCUGAGCAAAAUUGAGGAAGAGCAUGUGUUGGAUAAGAUGGUACGUGUUGGCGACAGCGGCGUGAAUUUGGGACUCCGUGGCACACAGCAGGGUGGUAACAGUCAUAGCUGAUUUUCUGGGUUGGGUAUCUUGUGGGAAUGUUGAGGAAAGUAGGAGAGGAUAUAUGGAUUAAAUAUUACCCCUCCUCCCUCACGCUAGUGAGCAAGCAGCAGAGCAUAUUCCUUUGCAGAUUGCUGGAAGCAAGUUGAUGGAUUCGUUAGAAUCUUUUAAGUUGAGCAGUCCAGUCUGGCUUGCUCCUGGCAAGUUUUGCCUUUUAUUUCCCUCUUAAAAAUAAUAAUAAUAAUGCAACAGUCUUGACUGAAAGUAGGAAUAAAGUUUACUUAACAUUCAGUCCACAGUACAGUGGUACCUCGGGUUAAGUACUUAAUUUGUUCCGGAGGUCCGUUCUUAACCUGAAACUGUUCUUAACCUGAAGCACCACUUUAGCUAAUGGGGCCUCCUGCUGCUGCCGCUGCAUGAUUUCUGUUCUCAUCUUGAAUCAAAGUUCUUAACACAAGGUACUAUUUCUGGGUUAGCGGAGUCUGUAACCUGAAGCGUAUGUAACCCGAGGUACCACUGUAAUAUUCUGGAGGCAGGCUUUAUCUUGUGGUUACAGUUACAUUUGUAGUGAAAAGAAGUCUGAGCUAGGCCUCGGACUUUCUACUUUAUGGCUUCCAUCCUCUAAGGAUGAGCCAUGUGCUGCUGGCUAAGAGCCAGCAGAGAACAAAAAAAGGCAAAAGAGUAAAAGAGGAAGAUGGCUGUGUGACUAGCCCCUUUCUAGGGUCUGCCCAUCUACCUGGUCACAGACAGGGGAAGGAUACGCCAGAACUUGUAUGACAGGAAGUUUUCCCUGUCUGGAGCAUCAUUCCCCUGUGUGUCCACUCUGGGUAACAGGAAAUGUUGUAUUUGACUGCUUCAGUGAUGAUAUAUUUCACAUAUCUGGGGUCGGGUAAGGGUGUGUGGCGCUGUGGCUUAAACCACUGCGCUGCUUGGGCUUGCCGACCAGAAGGUCAGCGGUUCGAAUCCCCGCAACGGGGUGAGCUCCCAUUGCUUGGUCCCAGCUCCUGCCAACCUAGCAGUUUGAAAGCACCUCAAAGUGCAAGUAGAUAAAUAGGUACCACUCCGGUGGGAAGGUAAACGCCAUUUCUGUGUGCUGCUCUGGUUCACCAGAAGCGGCUUAGUCAUGCUGGCCACAUGACCCGGAAGCUGUACGCCGGCUCCCUCGGCCAGUAAAGCGAGAUGAGCGCCGCAACCCCAGAGUCGUUUGCGACUGGACCUAAUGGUCAGGGGUCCCUUUACCUUUCCCUUUAAGGGUGUGUGCGUUUGUCUGUGUGUCUGGAGCAAAUGUUUUUGUUCUGUGAACCGCCCUGAGACCUCCUGGUAGUAAAUAAAUAAAUCAAUUCAAUAAAUAAUAAUAAUAAUCAAUGUUUGGGAGAGGGUUUGGAUCUGGGGUGGAUCACCUCCUGCCACAAGCGGGUGUCAUUUUGCUCGCUACUGAGCCUCCGAAAGCGUGUUGCUUGUUUAUUAAAUUUUGUAUACAGUACCACCCUUCAUUUGAAGAUUUCAGGGUGGCAGAAAAUCAAAGUUGGAAGGGUCCCUCAAGGGUCAUCUAGUCCAAACCCCUGCAGUGCAGGAAUCUCAGCUAAAGCAUCCCUGACAAAUGGCCAUCUAACCUUUGCUUAAAAGCCUCCAAGGAAGGAGAGUCCACAACCUCCUGAGGGAGACCGUUCCCCUGUUGAACAGCCCUGAAUGUCAGAAAGUCAGUUGGAAUCCCCUUUCUUGUAACUUGAAGCCAUUGGUUUUGAGUGCUACCCUCUGGAGCACGAGAAAGCAAGCUUGCUCCAUUCUUCCACGUGACAGCUCUUAAGACAGCUAUCGUAUCUCCUCUCAGCCUCCUCUUUUCCAGUCUAAACAUAUCCAGCUCCUUCAAACACUCCUCAUAAAAUGAGACGCUUGAUUGUCUUGGUUGCCCUCCUCUGCACACGUUCCAAAUACAAAAUAAAAACCACAAAAUGUAGAAUAAAAACAAGAACAAAACCCGUAACCAGCACCACCCCAACGCAUUUUAAAGGACAUAAGAAUGUUAAUCGGACAAAGGCCUGGUUAAAGAGGAACGUUUUUGCCUGGCGCCAAAAGAUGUAUAAUUGAGGCGCCAGGAGGACUAUAUCAAUGCACUAGGGGACAUUAAUCAUUGGUCACACUGGCUGUGGCUGAUGAGAACAGAAUUUAUAUACAGUGGUACCUUGGGUUACAGGCGCUUCAGGUUACAGACUCCGCUAACCCAGAAAUAGUACCUCGGGUUAAGAACUUUGCUUCAGGAUGAGAACAGAAAUUGCGCAGUGGCGGUAGUAGGAGGCCCCAUUAGCUAAAGUGGUACCUCAGGUUAAGAAGAGUUUCAGGUUAAGAACGGACCUCCGGAACUAAUUAAGUACUUAACCCGAUGUACCACUGUACUGCCCUUCAUCAAAAGAUCUUGGGGUGGUUCAGAGAAUGAAAUACAGGAUAAAACACAAGCAAAUAAUUAAACCGAGCAUUCCCCAAAUGGGGAGCCACUGCAGAAAAGGCCUGUUCUCAUGUUGCCAUCCUCCGGAUCUCUAAGGGAGGAGGCACACGAAGGAGGGCCUCAGAAGAUGAUCUGAGGGUCCGGGUAGAUUCAUAUGGAGAGAGGCGAUCCUUGAGGUACAGUGGUACCUCAGGUUAAGUACUUAAUUCGUUCCGGAGGUCCGUUCUUAACCUGAAACUGUUCUUAACCUGAAGCACCACUUUAGCUAAUGGGGCCUCCUGCUGCCGCCGUGCCGCCAGAGCACAAUUUGUGUUCUCAUCCUGAAGCAAAGUUCUUAAUCCUAGGUACUAUUUCUGGGUUAGCGGAGUCUGUAACCUGAAGCGUUUGUAACCCGAGGUACCACUGUAUUGCGGUCCUGAGCCGUUUAAGGCUUUAAAGGUCAAAACCAGCACUCUGAAUUUGGACCUAGAAACUAAUUGUUAGAUGUGGGUAAAGGUGCUGUCCUAUUCCUUAGGCUGCUCAGCCAUGGCAGAGCUCAGUGGCGGGAGAUGCCAGCCAACCAAGUCUCAGGGGGGUACUUGCCUGGAGGCAGAGUCCGUAUGCAAGGUUCAGUCCAGUCCUAAGGUCAGGAGAAUCUCAGUUCACAUAGUCAGACGGUCCAGGGGUCAAGAAAGCUAAGAGUCCAAGGUCACGAGAAGCAAGAAGCGGCAAGGUCUGUCCAGGAACCACCAAUGUUGUGGCCGGAAACAGUCCUUAAGAAAGCUGGAGCCACCUGGUUCACACCAGGAGCAAGAAGGCUGAUCAGCAGCAGGUGGAGUCACUUCCUUCUGCUCCUUCAGGCUGCUGCUCAACAGGUGAAGCCAAUUCCUGGCCCAUGACAGGUGCAGCCAGAAUGAUCAUGGAAACAUAAUGCAAAGCUGAUGUUUUACCACUGAGCCCAAGGGCUUGACUUCAAAAUAAGAUAAGUUCCUAGUCCUCAUGGUUCCAAAAUAAAGGGAUGAUCAAAUUUAGAAGCUGCCUUAAACUGAGUUAGGCUGCUGAUCCUUCUAAACAUAAAUAAUAAAACCAAGGAUCUAGAAUCUAACUCCAUAUCGUCAGCACUGACUGGCAGCAUUUCUCCAGGUUUUUAAAAAUAAAAUUAAACUUGAAUGCCCUUCGCCUGCAUGCUUGCAGAAUUACAUCUGUGUGAAUUAAAUUUCUCUGAGCGGCUUUUCCUCGUUGGGAGAAGGACUUUUCAUGCCUUUUUUUAAAUGAAGGGAGAAAAGCUAUGUAUGUGUGUGUGUGUGUGAGAGAGAGAGAGAGAGAGAGAGAGAGAGAAGUAGUACAGUGGUACCUCGGGUUAAGUACUUAAUUCAUUCCGGAGGUCCGUUCUUAACCUGAAACUGUUCUUAACCUGAAGCACCACUUUAGCUAAUGGGGCCUCCUGCUGCUGCCGCGCCACCAGAACACUAUUUCUGUUCUCAACCUGAAGCAAAGUUCUUAACCUGAAGCACUAUUUCUGGGUUAGCAGAGUAUGUAACCUGAAGCGUAUGUAACCUGAAGCGUAUGUAACCUGAGGUACCACAGUGCUAGUAAUAACCCCUCUUUAUCUCUCCCUGCAGCUGGAUCAGACCACAGACUUUGAGGAGCGGCGGCUGAUACGGGCCGCCAUGCGGGAAUUGCGCCAGCGGAAGCGAGGUACCUGCCUGGGAAUUUUUUUGGGGGGUGGGGAGCUUUAUAAUUGCACACUUCAAGAAAUCUAGUCCUCAAAUGAGAAGACUUAAACUAUAGAGGAGUGGGAGGCAAAUGGGCACUGAGAAUUGCUGUGCAAAAGCCACCGGAUUCACACAAGUAUUCGCCAGCCUGCUGUUGGACUACAACUGUCAGCCCCCAGCCAGCAUGGCUGCAUUGUCCAUUUUAUGGCCAUGCCUGUUCCACAGCCUGGAGAGCUGCUGCCAGUCAGUGUGUAAAGUAUUGAGCUGGAUGGACUCAGAGUAAGACAGCGUCCUGUGUUCCUAUGAUAUGCAGCAAUCUGUACGUAUCUGCAGUUGAGUGAAGAAACCUCCCUCCUCACUAGGUGACCUUGAGCCAGUUACUGUCCCUUGACCUAACUCCCCGCCACCAAGGGCUGCUGUGAGGAUCAAACCAGUGGUGUUUUAGGAGACUCACAGCUGCUACUGUUGAGCUCCUUGGAGGAAGGGUGAAAUUUAAAAUUUAACAAAUCUGUGAAAUAAAGGGUUCCUGGCCACAGUAAAUUUUAUUCUCUAAGGUUUAUGUACGGCUUUGUUCUCACAAAACCAAAUCCUUAAAGCGGUUUCCAAAAAGUACAGAACUAUGAAACUACAGUCGUACCUUGGUUCUGGAACGCCUUGGGAGUCGAACGUUCCGGCUCCCGGAAUAUCGAAAACCGGAAGUGUUCUGGUUUUUUAACAUUCCUUUGGAAGCCGAACGUCUGAUGGAGCUUCCAUGGCUUCCGCCCGCCCCCCAUUUUUUUAUUCAUUUUAUAACACUAAUAAACAACACCAACAGAAAAACAAACAAAUUAUUGUCUUAUCCUUAUUUUUUCUAAACAUUGUUAAGUGAGCUUCCCCAAGUCCCCCCUAUCUGAUUUUCAUUUUACCUCAUCUUUAGCAGUUUACAUAUAUCAUAAUUUUUAAUCAUUUUUUAAAUUACACUUACUUUUACCAUCCUGCAGCCAAUCAGAAGCCGUGCUUUGGUUUCUGAACGUUUUGGAAGUCGAAUGGACUUCCGGAACGGAUUCCGUUUGACUUCCAUGGUAUGGCUGUAUCAGUAAAAGCUGUUGAAAGCAACAGUUGUAAGCCAUCUUCAGGGAAAUGAAAAGGAACGGUGAAAUGAAAACAACACAAAACACAGACCAGCUUCCUACAUGUCUGGAUAAGCUUUUCCUAAACAAAAACGUCUUCGGCCGGCAUUGUGCAAGGAAGGGGCCUGCCUGGUUGUCAAUAGGCGGGGAGUUCCAGCGCUAAAAGAUUGGUUUGUUAAAAAGGCACAGCAAGGCCCCCCGUGGCUCCUGUAGCCUUGCCCUCCUCCCGCCGUUCUUGCCGCCGUUCCUGACCCCUCUGGGACGUGGCGUUUUGCAGAGCAACGAGAAAAGGAGCGCAGCUUGAGGAUCCAGGAAGCCAAAUCGAGAGGGGCCACCCACACCACAGAGACCACAGCCCGGCAGAGCGCCAUGUCCGCCGAUGGCUCAGCCAUCAGCACCGUCACCAAGACCCAGCGCCUUGUCCAGUCCAGUAAGGAACAGCUGGGGGUUUGGGGAUGCUCCGCCUUUCCUUCCGAGCGCAUGGCUUCCGGGGGGAGACACGCAGCACGCAUCCCAGAUGUCAACUCAGGCCUCUUUGGGGUCCUUGCUCUCCCCGUGGAGAGACGCCUUCUUCUUUCUGCUCUGGAAACUGUCCUGAUCUCUCCUCUUUGUAUCGGGGGUCACCGCUGGCAGUUUUUCUUCUCUUUUUGCACCGGGAUGGUUGGUGCCUUCUCGGGCCGUCUCCACGUCCUCAUCCUGGCAACUGAAGCUUAGAAUGGCUCGUCUCUCUCUCUCUCUCUCUGUCAUCUGUUCUUUGGCCAUGUUUUAGAGCAUCUGAGUUAGUCUUUUCUUUUGGGACGUAAGCGCUCCUCGCUCGGCCGUGAUUCAUGCCGUCCACUUCCCGGGACUUCCUCCGUUGUAGGGAGAAUGAUGGGCUGAAGUACCCUUUCCACCCUCGAAUCCAAGGCCUCUCCAGUCAAAAGGGGCUCAGCAAGACCUCUCUUUGGCUGGCACCCUGGAGAGCUGUGGCUGCAAGUCAGAGUAGGCAGCACUGGGAUGGAUAGAGGGAUGGACGCGUGAGGAAGGGCCAGCAGAUAAUCUGCUUUGCGUGCAAAAAGGUCCCGGGUUCAGUCCCCAAAAGCAUCUCCAAGUACACCUGCAAGAGACUUGCCUGAAAUCCUGCAGAACUGCUGCCAGUCAGUGUGGACAGUACUGAGCUAGGUGGACCAAUUGCCAGACAGCGCAAGGGAAGAGCUGUAGCUCAGUGGUAAAGCACCUGCUUUUGGUGCAGAAGGUCCCAGGUUCGAUUCCUGUCAGUGUCCCCUAUUUGAAUCUCCAGAGAGCUGCUGCCAGUCAGUGCAGACAGUACUAAGCUAGAUGGACACAAUGUUCUUUUUUUGUGUCAGGCAGCUUCCAUGUCCUGAUGGCCUGUUUUAAGGCAGUUUCUUGGCUUCAAGGCUAAGGGCUUCCAUCUGACCCAUCACAGCCCCUCCUCAGAAAGGAUAUUGUAGAGCUGAGAGAGGUUUGGAAAAGCACAAGCUCAGUGUUUAAGACAGGCUUCCUCAACCUCAGCCCUCCAGAUGUUUUUUUGGCCUACAACCCCCAUGAUCCCUAGCUAGCAGGACCAGUGGUCAGGGAUGCUGGGAAUUGUAGUCUCAAAACAUCUGAAGAGCUGAGGUUGAGGAAGCCUGGUUUAAGAGGUUUUGGGCAACUUCCUUACAAGGAAAGUGUUUUUCCAAUGCUUGGUUCUUUUUAGUUUAGGGGAAACGGUGAGCAUGUGGGAACAUGGUAAAGGGGUAUAAAAUUCUGCCCGGUAAAGAUAGGGAGAUGCAUUUUGCCAAAUACUGGAGCUUUGCGUCAUCCAAUGAAUCUGAAUGUUGGAAGAUUCAGGACAGGCAAGAAGAAAGGAUUCUUCAUGCAGCAGCUAGCUGGACUCUGGAAUUUGAAAAUGAUGACAGCCCCCAACUUGGGAGGGCGCUAAAGGGGAUUAGACAAAUGUGUGGAGAACAAGGCUAGUAGCAACGGCUACUGGUAACAAGGCAGCCCUGUAAUGCGGCUGCGAAAAGGGCUAAUGCAAUUUUAGACGGCGUCGCCUGCGCCAGAGUUUCCAAGUCGUGAGAAAUAAGACUUUUGCUUUUUUCUCUGCUUGGAGUCCGGUGUCCAGUUCUGGGCGCUGUGCUUUAAGAAGGAUUUAGUUGGAUUGGAGCAGGCCCAGCGGAAGACAAGAUGGUUAGGUCUAAAUAAAAUAAGGAAACUUGUUUAUUUUUACCCGGGAGAAAAUCAGGCAGAGGAGGAGUGUAAUAGCUGAAGGGCUGUCAUCAGGCAGAAGGGGGCAAAGUCUUCUUCUCUGCUUCCCCUGAGAACAAGAUUGGGUCUAACUGGGGAUUGAGUUAUAGGAGGGUAGAUUUGGGGAGAAUAUUUUAGGGAAAUGUUCUUUCUUGACCCUAAUAGCUGCUUGGCUAUGGGGCUAGGUACCUAGAAUUUUGGAGCGCUCUUUCUUGCUGGAGGUCUUGAGGCAGAGGCUGGCAACCAUCUGCUGCAGCUGGAAUUCCUGCAUUGGGCAGGAGAGGUCAGACUAGAUCCCAGAAUUGUAGAGUUGGAAGGGACCCCGAGGGUCAUCUAGUCCAACCCCCUUGCAGUGCAGGAAUCUCGCCUAGAUCAUCCAUUAGCCUUUAGUACACCUUCCAGAGGCGGAAUAACAAAGGGAGAAAAGCCUAAAGCUUUCAAGUCUUGCUUGUGGGCUUCCCACUGUGGGGAACAGGGCGCCAGACAAGGUAGGCCUCUGGCCUGAUCCAUAAUCACUCUGCUUACCCUCUUAUGCUUUCCCCCUCCCAGAUGAUGGCAGCAAGACUUCCCGCACGAUGAUGAUGGAGUCCAGCUACGUGAAGAGAUCGGAAAGUAAGGCUCUUCCUGCACCUUUCUUUCCUUCCUUGCCGUGAGGGGCUCCCAGGAAGAGGGAGGGCUAUUCUUUCUUGCCAAGCUAAAUGGGACUGAGAGCAGAUUUAUUGUGGUGUUGAGUGUUUCUCUGUUUCCUGAGAUGUCUGGGCUUGAAGGGUAAAUAAUAAUAAUUGUCAGGGGUUCAGGAGCAGAGGCAAGGGCAAGGGAGGAAACAGAGAGCGAGGGGGAGGAGGCAGAAGAAAAGAUGAGUGAUGACGACGACCCGAGAUCUCCGAGUCUUUCCAGUGAAUCAGAAGAUUCACAGAAAGGAGCACCAGUGGCCAGGGCAAGGGGGGAGCCUAGGGGGACACCCCAGGAAGAUAGAGCCAGAGGGGACUCAGAGGGGAGCAGUUGGAAAUCGGGACCAACGUCACCGCCAGAGAGCAGGGAAGAGGAAGGGCACCAGGGAUCAAGCGCUGGCAACUCACAACAGGGGGGAGGGCACGAGUCAGGAGUGGCCACACCUCCAUCGGGGAGCGAAGAAACGGUCAGACGGAAGGUGGAAGGUUGGGCGCGCGCGCCAAGUUCAAAUGCACAGGAAGGUGGCGCAGUAGGCAGCCCGGAAAGGGAGCCAGGUCCCAAAGCCCGCCAAAAGGAGGGAGAAGAGUCAGGGGAGUCAGCGUCAGAGGAAUCCCGGAAGGAAGAGACCCCGGGGGGCAGAGGGACCCAGAGAAGAACAGUCAGGCGGAAAAGGUGGAGCAGGGCUAGGAUAUUAAGUUGGUGUACAAGGGGCGGAGACUCAGACGGAGCUUCGCCGGUCUAAGCAUGAGACGUAGAGUUGCACGCAGCAGCUUGAGAAUGGAAACUGUAACUCAAUAAAGACUUUUGUUUAAUGAUCGCUGGCUAGCGUGAUCCUCUGUGAGCUAGGAUCUGGAAGCAGCUCUGACAAUAAUAAUAAUAAUAAUAAUAAUAAUAAUAAUUUAUUAUUUAUACCCCCUCCCAUCUGGCUGGGUUUCCCCAGCCACUCUGGGCAGCUUCCAACAGAACACUAACAUACAAUAACCUAUUAAACAUUAAAAGCUUCCCUAAACAGGGCUGCCUUCAGAUGUCUUCUAAAAGUUUGGUAGUUGUUUUUCUCUUUGACAUCUGGUGGGAGGGUGUUUCACAGGGAGGGUGCCACUACCGAGAAGGCCCUCUGCCUGGUUCCCUGUAACCUCACUUCUCACAGGGAGGGAACCACCAGAAGGCCCUCGGCGCUGGACCUCAGUGUCCGGGCUGAACGAUGGGGGUGGAGAUGCUCCUUGAGGUAUACUGGACCGAGGCCGUUUAGGGCUUUAAAGUCAGCACCAAUACAUUGGAAGAGCAAAGCAUAAUAAGUUACUGCAGUGUUGUGUAGUGGUUAGAGAAGCAGUUCCCACACUUUUUGGGACCACUGCCCCCUUCUCACCCCCAUCUUAUUUAAUCCCCACAACAACCCUGUGAAGUAGGUUUAAGCUGAGAGGCAGCCACUUGACCCAGCGAACUUUAAAUUGCUGAGUGGGGAUUCGAACCCGAGUCUAAUAGGUCCAGGUCCAACACACCCACUCAGUGGUUUUCAAACCUUUCUCGGCCACUGUCCCUUUGGUUCCAUGAACUCAUCCCUGGUGCCUUCUACGCUAUAAAAAAGCAUUCUUCGGAAGAGCGGUUUGCACAACCCGUUAAGGAAGCUAAAAACACGAUAAAAUUUGAAACCCGUGAAAGGGUGAUUUUUGGCGCAGUCCGUGGCAUGUCGCCCUGUUGCCUCCAUGGUACCUGAGGUCCUUAUGUUUGUCUCCCACCCCUCUCGACGCUUCAACCUUUCAGCAGACGGCAACACUUUUGUCCAGACCAAAUCGUCCUACAGCACAUCGUCUUCCAAGAAAGUCGGCAGGUGAGUCCUUCCUGGAGCUCCUCUCCCAGUUGCACAGCUCCUGUCGUAUUCACAGAACGGCAGAAUUGCGGAGUGGGCAGGGGGACCCCAGGGUUGUAGCGUUCCCAAAACAGGGAAGGAUUGGACUCUGAUUAAUAGAAUACACAUGAAGCUUGACCAGCAAGACUCUGGGAGGAGAUGCCAAUAUCCUGUCCACCCCUUGGCCCAGGUCGUUUUAUUCACAAAAGAACUUUUUACACAAUGUUCGUAAGAACCAAUCAGAUUUCCUCUGAGCAUUUCAAAACUGCCACGUGGGACAAAGUUAAAAGUUAAAACUACAAAGAGCUAAUUUGAACAUGCAUAGUAGUCCAGAGUAAAUAAAAGAGGAAGCAAGGAGGAAUGCUUUUAGGAAAUCCCGGAGGUCAUAAACAGGAGAGGCAGGAUUUACCAUCUCCUUGUGAACUCUCUUCCUGGCCCUUAAGAUCUAUCUAAAGAUUAACAAACUACAUCAAAAUAACCUAUUAUCUUUUUGUACUGAGGAUGCCCGAUGAAGCAACUGGUCUGUGUUUCAGAAUGCUUAUACGUGCCUGUCAGGUGUAGAGAAAGCAAAUGGUAGAUAUGGAGAGGCUUGUGGGAUUCGAUCAGAAACUAUUGUCAAUGAAUCAAACCCAGUCAACGCAAUGUGUUCGUCGCGGACACAAAUGGCUUGCUUCAUUUUUCAUAAUUCCUCAUAGCAAUCCCACCUGACCCCCACACUCUGGAUAUUUGCACCCCUACACAGGGUCAUCUAGUCCAACCCCUACCACGCAGGGAUCGCAGGAUGCGAGGCAUGUGCAGGAGGACGGCCACGAUUCUUGCCUCUUGCUUGCUCCGUGGCAGCCAUCUUCCAUGUUUUCUUUCUGCAGCUGAGGUUCAGCUGCUAAGCCCAGGGGCAGAGAACCUUUUUCAGGCAGAGAGAUGGAUUUGCUUCUGGGGCCCACAUGCCAGCGCCUGGCAGGGCACAGCGGUGAAAGUGGGAGGAGCAAUGGAUUUUUAGAUGCUACCUUUUGUGUGGUUUGUGCGUCCCUUGCUGUCUUCAUCCAAGCAAGCGAAAGGCGUUCCUGGGAGUUCUAGUCCAAAACAGCCCCACUGGCUGAGACUGAUGGGAGUUGUAGUCUAAUAUGGCCGUGCUGGCUGGGGGCUGGUGGGAAUUAUUGUUCAAAACAGCCGUGAUGGGAGUUCACAUCCAAAAUGGGGACAGGGUUUUUCUUCAACAGCCUGUGUUGGGCAUCCGCUGGUGGGGGUCACUCUAGCAAAAGACCCACAGAUGAAAACCCCCUGGCUCUGCUGUAAUAAUAAUAAUUAUUAUUAUUAUUAUUAUUAUUAUUAUUAUUAUUAUUUAUACCCCGCCCAACUGGUUGGGUUUCCCCAGCCACUCUGGGCGGCUCCCAACAGAAUAUUAAUAAUAAUUUUAAAAAGCGAUAGAACAUCAAACAUUAAAAGCAUACCUAUACAGGGCUGGCUUCAGGUGUCUUCUAAAAGUCAGAUAGUUGUUUAUUUCCUUGACAUCUAAUGGCAGGGCGUUCCACAGGGUGGGCGCCACCACCGAGAAGGCCCUCUGCCUGGUUCCCUGUAACCUCACUUCUCAUAGUGGGGGAACAUCCAGGAGGCCCUUGGAGCUGGACCUCAGUGUCAGGGCUGAACGAUUGGGGUGGGGACGCUGCUUCAGGUGUACUGGGCCGAGGCCAUUUAGGACUUUAAAGGUUAGCACCAACACUUUGAAUUGUGCUCGGAAAUGUACUGGGAGCCAAUAUAGAUCUUUCAGCGACCCCUCCCAGUCACCAGUCUCGCUGCCGCAGUAAGGUCACAAGACUUGCAGAGGGAAGCGGGGAACCAGCGAGAAGCCAGCGUUGACCUCCUAGUCUCCUUCCAAGCCCCUGCUGCCCUUUCUCACCUUUGUCCCUUUCUGGCAGCAUCUUCGAGCGAGAGGACGAGACCUCUGGGCGUGCUGGCAGCCUGGCCGCCCUGGAACGUCGCCAGGCUGAGAAGAAGAAGGAGCUCAUGAAGGCCCAGAGCCUGCCCAAGACGUCGGCUUCGCAAGCCCGGAAGGCCAUGAUCGAGAAGCUGGAGAAGGAGAGCGGAAGGUGAGGAGCCCCGCCGUGUUCGGAUGAGGUGUGGGUGGCUGGCACAGAAGUCCUGGAGUGGGUGGCGGUGCUCGGCUUUAGGGAAGGCGGCAGGCAGUCGCCUGCGUUCCUUUGUGGAUGUACCAUAUUUUCCGCUCUAUAAGACGCACCUUUUCCCUCCUAAAAAGUAAGGGAAAAUGUGUUUUCGUCUUAUGGGGCGAAUGCAGGCAUCGGCUAAGCCAGAAGCCAGAACAGGGAGAGGCAGCGCUGUGCGGCACUCCCUUUCGCUGUUCUAGCUUCUGGCUUAGCUGCGCAAAGCCUCCGCUGCCCUGUGGAGGCUUUGUGGGCUAUCCCAGAAGCCAGAUCCCUCUUGCUGUUCUGGCUUCUGGGAUUCAGGAUAUUUUUUUUCUUGUUUUCCUCCAAAAACUAGGUGCGUCUUAUCGUCUGGUGCGUCUUAUAGAGCGGAAAAUACGGUAUUCCAAGCAAGCCCCCCACGAUCGGAGGCCGUUUCCUUCUUCCAAUGGGAGCAAUGCUUUGGUUUGGGAUACGGCAACUUCUUACGCUCUCCUCUUCUCUCCGCAGCCCAGCCAACCCAGCCGUGUCCCGGGUGGCUGUCCAGCGCUCGGGCAGCUUUGGGGUCCCCAACGCCAGCAGCAUCAAGCAAAUGUUGUUGGAUUGGUGCCGUGCUAAGACACGGGGCUACGAGGUGAGUGUGCCCCCGACGGGCCUGUGCCCACUUUCCUUUUUAAAAAAUAAUAAUUUUUAUUUGGUUUUACAAAUUUAAAGUUAUAAUCCUACCACGACAGAUCCACAAUUAAAAGACUCCUCCAAAUCUCUGGACUUCUCACCUUCCCUCCACGGGUUCUGUUGUUACUUCUUUUCUACUGCAUGUUUAUUCAAUAGUCCAUUUUAAUUUUUUUUUUAUAACCCCAUUAUAUCCAUAGUUCUCGUUACAUUACGAGUGUUAUUGCAAUCCUGCUAGUGUUUUCAACUGCUAACAGUGGUCUUCUAGGUAAAUUAUAAUUUUUUCCCAUUUCCUAUUAAAGUUUUGGUGUCUCUGGUUUCUGAGCUUUCCGGUCAGUUUUGCCAUUUCGGCACAGCCCGACAACUUAGUUUGCCAUUUGCCUGUGCCCCCUUUCUGCCCGGGCUUCCCCAGAUUGAGAGAUCUCCUUAUCCCACAUACCCCAUUCAACAGCUUCGAUCAACAGAACUGGCCCUCUUUCAGAAGCCACAUAAUACCUGCUCUGCAGUUGUAAGAACUUGGAACUUUCUGUGUUGCAUCGCCUACACUUUGGAACUCCCUGCUGAUUGAUAUCAGGCAGAUGCCUUCACUGUACUUUUUUCAGAGCCUGCUAAAAAUAUUCUGUUAGACAAGCCUAAAGCAGUUUGUGUGAGUUUUCAUCUCUUUUUUAGUCUAGAGUUGUCUUUAACACACACACACACACACACACACACACACACACACAAUUUUAUUAAAUUUUCUAAAUUACAUUUCAAAACAUUCAUUUAAAUAACCUUAAAUAAAUUGCUUCCCUUCUUCUAUUUCCAAGGUCUGUUUUACAUACCAUACAUUCCUGCAUCUUUUACAUGAACUAAACCAUUCGGUAAUCCAUUGUUACAUUCAUCAAAACUGAUUUACACUGUUGAAUUCAAGUUAACUAGCGUUUUUAAAUGAACACAAUUUUCACCCAUAUAUUCAGUAAACAUUUCCCAGUCUUCUUUAAAUGUGCAUUCUUCUUGUUUUCUUUUUGAAAUUUUUAAGUUAGUGUUGCUCGUUCUUCUUACUGCUAACAUUAUCUCUCUCUUCUUUUGGCGAACCCCCGCUUUGAGGUUUUUUGAUCAAUUUUUUUAAAAAAUAAAACGAAAUUUUCAAAUUUUGUUUUUAUUUUACUCGGCAGCACGUCGACAUCCAGAACUUUUCCUCCAGCUGGAGCGACGGCAUGGCCUUCUGCGCCCUUGUCCACAACUUCUUCCCAGAGGCCUUCGAUUAUGCCCAGCUUUCACCACAGGACCGGCGGCGCAACUUUGAGAUGGCGUUCUCGGCGGCUGAGUAUGUACCCCUUGGCUUCUCCUGCCCCCCGCCGGGUGUGGGAGAGAAGUGCGGGUGCAGCGCCUGUUUUUCCUUCAAGAGGUCUAGCGCCUUUUCUGGGUUAUUGGCAUACCUCUCUCUCUCUCUCUCUUUCUCUGCCUAACGCAGCCUUGGCCAAUCUGGUGCUCUCUAUGGGCUUUGUGCUACAGCUGUGAGGGGAGCUAGAAGUCCAAAAGGGCCGUUAUAGCAGGGGAUGAUGGGAGUUGUAGUCCAAGCCGUCAGUGCUGGCUGAGGCCGAUGGGAGUUGUAGUCCAAAAUGGCUGCACUGGCAGGGCAUGAUGGGAGUUGUAGCAUCUAAAGCAAUCUAGAGGGCACCAUAGUGAGGAAGGCUGGCUUAACUAUCCUGUGGCAAUGAGUUAACCGGACACCUCUCUGCAGGGCUGUGGCUGUUUCCUGCUCAGUUGUGCACAAACCUGUGCUGCUUCCGGCUGGGAGGUUCUCAACCAGAAAAUGUCUCACUGGGUGGAUGACUUGGGGGGGUUGGGAGAGACCUCCCAGUAAAGCCCCAAGGUGGGGAAUAAGGCCUGCCUCUCGUCCCCUGUUCUUCUUCCUAAGCUGUGUUGUCUAGACAGAAAGCAGCACUCCCUCUGUGCAGACACCAGCCUUUCCCAACCUCCAGGCGUUGCUAGACCACAAACCUCUGACCAUUAGCCCACACUGUCUGUCUAACACGAUCCGGAGGGCACCAGGUUGGAGAAGGCUGGUGUCAUGUAGCAGGGCCUCAUCAAAAGGAAGAAAGACCUGGGCUUGGGAAAAGCAAAAUCUGAUUAUUAUUUUUUUGCAGGCUUCUGGAAUGCUUACAGUUUAUUUCAUUUUUGCUAGUCCUGAGGAAGGGAGAGGACUGCUCAGCCAUCCCUCUCUGACUUCUAGGGUGUCUCGGCUGUCCACUGGGAAAAUCAGAGUGCUUUUGCAACCUUGAGGUCUAGAAACAUGCUUGUUCCGCCUUUUUUUUUUUUUUAAUGCAAGAUUGGGGUUCUUAGGAAGAUUGAAGCCCCAGUUGUACUUUUGGUGGUUACCUGCAGAAUUGCAACAAACACACAGCUCUGGCAAAAGGCAUCUCUUGAGAGCCAGUGUGGUGUAGUGGUGAAGAGCGGUAGACUCGUAAUCUGGUGAACCGGGUUCGAUUCCCCACUCCUCCACAUGCAGCUGCUGGGUGACCUUGGGCUAGUCACACUUCUCUGAAGUCUCUCAGCCCCACUCACCUCACAGAGUGUUUGUUGUGGGGGAGGAAGGGAAAGGAGAAUGUUAGCCGCUUUGAGACUCCUUUGGGUAGUGAUAAAGCGGGAUAUCAAAUCCAAACUCUUCUUCUUCUUCUUGAGGCGUGCAAGGGCACAGGUGGCUGUUUCUUCAAUAUUUAUUUAUCUUAUUGCAUUUGUCACAUGUGGUCUUCCCGCUCUCCUUUUAAUCCCCACAACAACCCUUUAAAGUAGAGAGAGGUGACUGGCAGCCAGGGUCACAUCCAGUGAGCUUCACGUGGCCAAGCAGAGAUUCGAACCCUGGUCUCCCAGGUCUUAGUCCGACACUCUAACUCAGUGGUUCCCAAACUUUUUCAGACUUGGUUCCAUAAAUUCAUCCCCUAUGCCCCCUACCCUAGAAAAAGCAUUAUUCAGAACGACAGCUUGCAUGACCCGCUCAGGAACAGAAUAUGAGUUUCAAAACAGUAACGGUUAAUCACACACUUACUCAAAAUCCAAUGAAAACUAUUUAGUUUAAUUAAUCCAGCAAAACUGGUGGGCUUGGAGUAGAGAUUCCAACUUUUCAAAGUCUGAUUUACACCUCCAGUGUGCCCCUGCUGCCCCCUUGCUUCUUAUUCCUCCCCCCCCCUGGUUGAUCCUUCUGCCUCCCACCAGGGGGGCAGUACUGCCCAUUUGGGGAGGACUGCUGUAACCACUACACCUCACUGUGCUCUUGCACCACCCAAGCCAGCUAACCGUUCAUGCCGGGGCCUCACAAGCGUGCUGGGAUUUUGCCGCGUAACCUGCCGACAGACCUUUCCCGGCCCUGGCUCGAUCCGUGCUGCUUUCUCGCGCACAAGGUAGGAAGAGAAGGGGGCUCAGCUAUUUAUGCAGAGCGCAGGAGCUCUUCCACGACGGAAGACGUUCUGGUACCUCUGGAAAAUUUGGAUUUGGCGGUGGCGCACUUGGGACACUGUGAGCUGGUGUGGAGGAGCAGGAGCGUGCCUGCACCUCUUUGCAAGGUCUUUCUUAUAGGGUUGUGCGCUGUUGCAGCUUGGGGUUGCGUGGUGAGAGCGACUUCGGGGCUGCGGACGCCCUCGGGGCCUGGCUGGGCACGCCGCUGCCGCUUCUUGAGCCGGGACACCCCUGGGUGCUGUGCCUGGAACGGGUCUGAGCAGAAAGACAAGGAAGGGAGUUCUCUCUCUGUCUCGCUUUCUCGUCUCUUAUUUCUCCCCCGUGGGCUGCUAGUCCCCUUCCCAACCAGAGGUGGACAGCAGGCCUCUCCAGAGCAGCAUUGAGCAACUGCUUCUCCACAUGCAAAUUUAGGGAGCCAGGCCACUUGCAAGAUUUGGCACUCUGGAGAGGUUUGGGCUGAUCCUGCGGACCACAGCACCCAGGAAAGUCAGGACCGCUCGCCCACAUUUGCAGGUAUCAGGAUAAGGGUUUUUGAACAUGCCUUGCCCUAAAAAUACGUAACCACCACGACAAAAUAAUGCUGCAUUUUAGCACUUUUUUGGAACCCUUUUUCCACCCAAGGGCUGCAGUCCCUGGUGGGCAAGGUCCGGUCUAAAGUGUGCGGAGCAAGCAGUGCAAAUUUUAGCUUUUUACAGUACAGUGGUACCUUGGUUCUCAAUCUUAAUCCGUUCCGGAAGUCCCUUCCAAAAGCAAAGCGUUCCAAACCAAGGCGCGCUUUCCCAUAGAAAGGAAUGCAAAACAGAUUAAUCCGUUCCAGACUUUUAAAAACAACCCUUAAAACAGCAAUUUAACAUGAAGUUUACUAUCUAACGAGACCAUUGAUCCAUAAAAUGAAAGCAAUAAACAAUGUACUGCAGUCACACAGUCAAUCAAUCAGUAGCUGAUCUGGGUUCCACACAAUCACAAAAACAAAACAAAAAGAGGCGCAAAAACAAAAAAGCAAAAUAAAUUGCAAAAUCAGACAGACCUCAGCGUAACACUCAAAACGGAAGUGUAACACUCAGAACGGAGCACGUUCGACUUCCGAAAAAAGUUUGUAAACCGGAACACUUACUUCCAGAUUUGCAGUGUUUGGGUUCCAAGUUGUUUGAGUACCAGGCGUUUGAGAACCAAGGCACCACUGUAGGCUGGUUUCUACACUAGCUUCCUGUGUGAAAGCAAGAGGCAUGAUCUGCCUUCAAGGCUAACCCCCGGCCAGGCAAAAACCACUCAGGGUGCGGCCUGCAGAGAUUUCCGAGGGUCAAACUGAGGGCCUCCAUUUCCCCUGCUCCUGAUUUGCUUCGUUGCUGCUUCCCUUACUAGCAGACCUGAGAGUGAUCCCUUUUUAAAGGACGUUUUCACGAGUGCCAGAGCCUUGCUGCAGGAGCCUGGUGGUCUGCACAAUGACUCCUAGUUGCUCGUUCUGUUGAUGUCCCAGGCUGGCGGGACGAUGAGUUUCCUCUUCUCUGAGCCAGGUCUCCCCCUUGCGGGCCUAAUGCAGUGUCCUGUCCCAAGAGGAGGGGAAGGGGCAUUUGCCUGCGAAGGGUUUCACCUGCCAGAGAUCCCCACUUGCCUCUUCCUCGCUCCCCUCUCCUCUCCGUGGACCACGAGAGCGACCGACCCCCUCCUUCCACGAUCUGGACCAGAGGUGCUUUCCUGGGCUGCUUUCGCUCUCCCUCCUGUGUCGCUGUCGUCCUGUGCCCGCCCCCCUCUACUAGCUUCAGGCACCCCGGCUGUGCCGCAGCGCUGUUGCAAGGCUGGGGUAGGAUGGGAUGAGGCAGCGGGGUGCAUUCUGGCCCCCCUCAUCCACUCUCUCUAUAUGCGUCCAUAUAGAAGGAAGGCCCCACCUUGGAAUAGGCACCAGAGCACAGCGCCUUUCUUCCCAACCCAACCCGCCCCCUCCAUCUCCUUUUCUUCCCCCCCCCCCCAACCCCUUUCCGUCUGUCGGACUGUCCUUGCUGUCGAGAUCCGGGUUCGAGUUCCCCACACCUGCUCAUGGCACCUGCCCCCGACAACAGCACUUCUGGCCACGCUCACCCUACCCUUCCUAUCCCACCCCCCCGUAUGAGGAAUGACUCCCAGGCGCACGUGUGCAAUCGACCCCCCCUCCUUCCACCCUCGUUUGUAUUGCACGCCAGAGAGACACCCCCCAAAAGCAUGUAUGUAAGUUUGACGCACACACACACAAAGGAAUGUGAAAUGGAUUUAUGUAUUUCUUCUGUUUUUUUCCUUCUGUCUCUCUUCUUUUUCUCUCCGUCCCUCCCUGCCCCCUUUCCAAAUCUGUCCGGGCUGUGAUCACUGGCUUCUCCCUCCCCUUUCCUGGCACCCCACCACCCUGCCCCACCACCCAGGACGCACGCGGAGUGCCCCCAGUUACUGGAUGUGGAGGACAUGGUCCGGAUGAGGGAGCCCGAUUGGAAGUGCGUUUACACGUACAUCCAGGAGUUCUACCGGUGCCUGGUUCAGAAGGGGCUGGUUAAAACCAAAAAGUCCUAACCUUCGUACCCGCGGAGCAAUGGUGAGAAUCUCCUCCUCCUUCUUGAUUUAUUGGGGGGGGGCGGAGGGGUGAGGGGGGGAGAUACGUGUCUCUGCAUGUGUGCAUUGUGGGAGGCAGGGAAAUUCGGAGGGUGAGGCAGAUGGUAGUUCCUUGGUAGUUCCUUCAGAAACUACCUUGCUUGGGGACCUUCAGUACGUGGGCCAUUUAUUUAUUUAUUUAUUUAUUUACUUACUUACUUACCGCCCUAUACCCGGGGGUCUCACAGAAUAAAAUCAAGAUACAAAACCACAAUACAGUCAUACCUCGGGUUACAGCCGCUUCAGUUUGCGUUUUUUCGGGUUACACACCCGCCAAAACCUGGAAGUACAAGAACGGGUUACUUCUGGGUUUUGGCAGUCGCGCAUGCACAGAAGCACUAAAUUGCACUUUGCGCAUGCGCAGAAUCGCAACCCGCGUGUGCGCAGAUGUGACGCUGCGGGUUGCGAACGUUGCAGGUUGUGAAUGUGCAUCCCGCACGGGUCACGUUUGCAACCUGAGCGACCACUUGUAUACAUAAUGACAAUAAAAACAACAACCCAAUAGCCCCUCAACCCCAAUAGCCCCAUUGAAGGUGACUCGGAAACCACAACGAACCCAUAACGUGGCAGCGAGACUGGUGACUGGGAGUGGCCACUCAGGCCGUAUCACACCAGUCCUAAAGGAUCUACAUUGGCUCCCAGUAUGUUUCCGAACACAAUUCAAAGUGUUGGUGCUGACCUUUAGAGCCCUAAAUGGACUCGGCCCAGUAUACAUGAAGGAGCAUCUUCACCCCCGUUGUUCAGUGGAGACACUGAGGUCCAGCUCUGAGGGCCUUCUGGCGGUUCCCUCCCUGCGAGAAGCAAGGUUACAGGGAACCAGGCAGAGGACCUUCUCGGUAGUGACGCCCGCCCUGUGGAACGCCCUCCCAUCAGAUGUCAAGGAGAUAAACAGCUAUGCAACCUUUAAAGGGCAUUUGAAUGCAGCCCUGAAGGGAAGUUUUUAAAUGUAUUUUUGUGUUUUAUAUAUGUCAGAAGCUGCCCAGGGUGGCUGGGGCAGUUAGAUAGGCGGAGUGCAAAUAAAAGGGUGAGGAAGGGGAUUGGUUCUGUUGCGAUAUCACAUUAAAAACCCCAUUUUAAGACAAUUGCACUGGUGGCUGUUUUGUUUCUGGGCCCAAUUUAAGGCACUCACAUUCGUGUUCAAGGCCUUGAAUGACACAGGCCUCAAAUACCUGAAAGGCUACCUCCUUGGGUGCUGGGAUCGGCAGGCAGGGCACCUCUUGAUAGUUCCUCAGCCCUCGGUGUUGGUGGUGACAGGCCAGCAGAGGGCCUUCUCUGUGGUGGCCCCAAAGUUGUGGAAUUCCCUCCCCACCGCAAUGCGUCUGGCACCUUCCCUGUGACUUCCCUCUUUACCCUUAAGAUGUCUUGUUUUUGAGACCCACCCUAGGGCCUGUUUUUAAUUCUGGGAGACCUGCUGGCGAAGGACGGGUUAUUAUCAAUACAUUUAUCAAUAAGAAAAAAAUAUCCAGCCUGCUCUUCGUAGUGGGCUGGUUGGUGCUGAGAGGAUCUGCCAUUGUACAAUGGUGCUAAACUGGAUAUAUUUCAUCUCGCCACCCUGGCACAGUUUAUUAUUGAUGGACUGGUUGCAUUUAAGCAUUACCUUUCCUGCCCCCUCACAAGGAGUUGAAGGUGCCAUGUUUAUCUUUCCUUUCCGCAUCUCAUAGAAUCAUAGAAUUGUGGCGUUGGAAGGGAACUCCAAGGGCCAUCUAGUCCAACCCCUGCAAUGCAGGAAUCUCAGCUAAAGCAUCCAUGACAGAGGUUCACCCGACCUCCGCUUCAGAACCUCCAAGGAAGGAGAAUCCACAACGUUAUUCCACCUUUUUCUCCAGGGAGCUCAAGGGGGCAGACACCCUCCUUGUUUAACCCCCACAACACCCCUGCGAGGGAGGUUAGGCCAAGAGGCAACGACUGGCCUAGUGUCACACCCGGUGAACUUUGUGGCUGUGGGGGGAUUUGAACCUUGGUCUCCCGGAUUCCAGCCUAAUGCUCUAACCACUACACCAUACCACACUGGCUCCCGAUAUUACUUGUUCCCAGUGUUACUAGCUCUUCCAUGUUGUGUUUUUAGAUUGCUUUAGCCCACAAUGGGAGCUCACGGUCAAGGCUGGGGAAGAAAUCGAAUACCAAUCGUAAAAAUAAAUUUUAAAACUCUCACUUUUGCGGGAGGGGCAGUUAAUUUUUGACAACUGCCAGGUAACGGUGGCGACAGUCCCUGCCUUUCCCAGAAUCCCUUGCUUCCGCAGGCCAGGGUGCAGAGAAAGAGAGACGGACAGGUGAUGGAGAUGGUUUCUUAUUUUCUCCUUCUUUUGGAGGGGGGUGGGUUUUUAUUUUUAUUUAUUUUGCCCCGGCCAUAUAUGUCUCGGAGGAGCUAGAGAGCCUUGGAAAAAGUGACUCAGGCACUCCUUGUUAAUAUCUUUGCCUCCCUAGAGCCUCGUUCUCCCGGGACACUGGGUACAGCAGCCCAUCACACAGGCUAAACAAAGGCUUUAUAAGGGCACACUGGCUCGCUCAGGAGAUUUUCCAUCGCCUGAGAGGAGGGAGCCCGUUAAACCUCGCGGUUACCUCCCUGCACACCCCCACCCCCUCUGCACAUGCUUGACCCCGAGGCUGAGGACUGGGGAGGCCGGGCGGGAAACCAGCGCAAAGCUGAUGCAAAGACCACUAGCCGAAAGGGGUUCAGGGUCUUAACAUUGAAGGUGGGCAUUAAGAGCGUAAGUGGAAACGUGUCGGAUCAGGCCCAGGGCCCAACUAGUCCAGAAUCCUGUCCUCACACUGGCCAAACCAGCUUUUUCACAGGCGCGAACUGUUCUUGGAGCAUCAAUAUAGGGGUGGACAACCCCUGCACUAAAAGAUGUUUUGCAAAGUUAUAAACACCAGGCGGCUGCUCACACUUUCAAAACGAGACGCUAGCAACCCUCUCAAGUGUUGUUUUGGCGAGACUCCUGAAGGGGCAACUUUUCUCUUUUCAGGAUCAAAGGUUUCCUUGCCGUUUGCAAUAGCCAAUGGCUCCUUUGACCCCCCCAGGUUAUCUCUGGGGUGGCGGCUCUGCAGUCUCCCCAUCCGUGCAAAGGCUGUUCUUGCAGAAAUGAAUAGCGGUGGAAAAACCUGGGUAGUUACUUCUUAGGAUUUGAACCCAAGCCCCGAGGGGCGGGGAUAGUUGUUGUUGCCAACCUGCACUACAACGUGGGGUUAGUUUAUGGGGGUGGGUGUGGGUGGAAGAAUCAGUCUAAACCACUGAGCCUCUUGGGCUCACCGAACAGAAGGUUGGCGGUUCGAAUCCCCGCGACAGGGUGAGCUCCCGUUGCUCUGUCCCAGCUCUUGCCAACCUAGCAGUUCGAAAGCACACCAGUGCAAGUCGAUAAAUAGGUACUACUGCGACGGGAAGGUAAAUGGUGUUUCCGUGUGCUCUGGCUUCCGUCACUGUGUCCCGUUGUGCCAGAAGUGGUUUGGUCAUGCUCAGUGGUGGAGGAAGGCGCGAGGGCACAUGGAUAGGCAGGGCGAGGGCCUCUGGGGUCUGCCUGCCUCCUCCCACUCAGCCGCCCUACAGCGGGGGGGAGGGGGAGGCAGUGGGCGGACCAUUUGGGCAGCGCGGAGCCUGCGGGCGCCCAAGCCACCACAUCUCUCCCAAGAGAGAGACGUGGCUCGGGCGCGCUGCAGGCCCUGAGGUGAGUGCUGCCCAGCAUUUUGUCACCCGCCCUCAGUGUUGACACCCGGAGCAGGCCGCACCUCCGCACCCCCCAGUGUGGUGUAGUGGUUAAGAGCGGUGGACUCGUAAUCUGGUGAACUGGGUUCGCUUCCCUGCUCCUCCACAUGCAGUUGCUGGGUGACUUUGGGCUAGUCACACUUCUCUGAAGUCUCUCAGCCCCACUCACCUCACAGAGUGUUUGUUGUGGGGGAGGAAGGGAAAGGAGAAUGUUAGCUGCUUUGAGACUCCUUUGGGUAAUGAUAAAGCAGAAUAUCAAAUCCAAACUCUUCUUCUUCCUCCGCCCCUGGUCAUGCUGGCCACAUGACCCAGAAAGCUGUCUGUGGACAAACACCAGCUCCCUCGGCCUGAAAGCAAGAUGAGCGCCGCAACCCCAUAGUCGCCUUUGACUGGACUUAACUGUCCAGGGGACCUUGACCUUGACCACUUACUCUCCCCCUUUCUCUCCCCUCCCUUUUGCAGGGUGCUUGUGGACUGCGUGCCCUUGGUGGACGUGGAAGACAUGAUGAUCAUGGGGAAACGUCCCGACGCCAAGUGCGUCUUCACCUACGUGCAGUCCCUCUACAACCACCUGCGGCGCCACGAGCUCCAGAUGAGGCAGCAGCGCUUCUAGCCUUCCUCUCCCGCCCCCCCUCACCCCCACCCUUCCCUCCGAAACAUCCAGCCUAGCCUGUCCCCCACCAACCCACCCACCCUGGGUGCGGCAGCAGGGGAAAGGAGGAUGUCUUUGCUUGCUCCUCUGGUCCUGAUCCGUGUUCCUGCAGCCCCACCUCCUCCCCCCUGCUUUCAGAGAACUCUUACUAUGGGCAGGAGCCACCCGCAGCAGCAAAAAGGCAAGAGGAACCAACACCCCCCCCAACACACACCCCGCUACAGCAGGCUGGGCAGUUGGCAAUCCAGGCCGGUUUGGAGGGGACCGGCCGAGCUUAGACCGCUCUACGGAGAGAACCGGGACUGCCCUUCUCAUCCGCACGUGCUUUUUAUAUUAUUGUUGUCAUUGUCGUUAUUUACUGUAAGUUAUUCCCGUUUCCUCCUUUUUCGAAACUCCCUUUUUUUGCAUCGUGCACGGCUGAGCAGCAUUACGGGCAGAGACCUGCGCAGGUGUGAUUGACUGACCACGCGUCUUGUCCGUACCUUUGAACAGCUAAAUGCUGGAGCGUGCUAAAAAGGGGGGGGGGGGCGUUGUCAACUGUGUGUGCAGACCUUAACUCGUCCCUGCUUCCCACCUCCCCCAAAUCCUUGAACUGCGAUGAUCGUUGCAAGUGCAGAGCCUGCUCAGCAGGUUAUAGGUGCCCCCCCACACCAGGUGUUAGGAACGUAGAUAGCUACCUUCUGUCGAGCCAAACCGCUGAUCCUUUCUAUCUUAGUAUUGGCAACCAUGACUUGCAAGUGGCUUUCUAGGCUUUCAGGGGACAUUCCCAGCUCUAGCUGGAGAUGCUGCCGGGACUUGAACCUGGGACCUUCUGCAUGCCAAGCAGAUGUUCUGCCAUAAAGCUAAAUGCAGCCUUUUCCUAUACUGCUUCUGACUGUUGAUCCAUCUAGCUCAGUAUUGUCUACACUGACUGGCAGUGACUCUCUAGGAUUUUUGAUAGGGAGACUCUCCCCCAGCCCUAGCCAGAGAUGCUGCUGGGACUUAAACCUGGGACCUUCUGCAUGCCAAGCAGAUGUCCUGCCAUAAAGCUGAAUGCAGCCUUUUACUAUACUGCUUCUGUUGGUCCAUCUAGCUCAGUAUUGUCUACACUGACUGGCAGUGGCUCUCUAGGAUUUUUGAUAGGGAGACUCUCCCCCAGCCCUGCCUGGGGGUUGAACCUGGAACAUUCUGCAUGCAAAGCAGAUUCUCUUCCACUGAGCUAUGGCAGAGGGCCUCUUCCUUCACCACCUUAGAGGCAGAGGUCUUGCACUUUCCUCGUGCCCCCCUCCCCACACUUCCAGAAGAGGAACCCAAUUAUAAAUGUAGUGUACAGGCCCCACUGGGCUGGGACUGCGCCUCUUCUGGAUUGAACCCUGCUGGCAUCAGUGGGUAGGAGAAGCCAGGCUUUCAGAUGGCAAAUACGUUCCUUCCUUCCUUCCUGGCCAAGAAAGGGUGAAACUUGGACGAGGGAUAGGAGGAGAUCUCAGGGCCACCCCUGAAUCCUGACCGAAACGCCUCCUGAAAUCAGCUCAUUUAGAAAAGUGCAGUUUUUGAAGUUGUGGGGUAACUGGACAGAGAUGUGGGAUUUCUUUGCUGCUUGGGGUAGAGAGGACAGAUAUAUUUUUUAGAGAAACAAACUGUGUUCCCUGUCUGGAUGGUGGUAGUGAAGGGCACACUCUGCACCAGCUCAGAGGCUCCCUUGCAAGCACAGGGCAUGCCAGUUCCCAUCUCUUGGCCACCAGUUUGCUGAAAGCAAGUAUUGCCCAUCCAUGUGCCCUAUGUGUGUUUUCACCCAUGGCUCUGCCAGCCCAGGAGCAAUUGUGGUCAACUCUGGGUGCUUAGACAUGGCAGGAGAGGGGGGAAACCAUGUGGGUUUCACUCUGGUGUGGCCUCUCUGUAUGGAACAGCUCUCCUGCCUGCGCACCAUCGAGCAAUGCCCACUCUCUUCCUGGGAGUUCCCAGCGCAUCAGCCUUCAGCCCUUUGCACAAGUCUCCUUCCCUUUUGAGCGCCUGAUUAAUAUGGGAAGGUUGGGGCAGAUGAGCCAGCUGAGAACGACUGGAGCCUGGAGCGAGGGACGGACAGCGGGAUGUGCUCCUCGGACACCGCUCUCAGCACUCAGCCACGCGCCCAAUUGUAACGGUUCUUGCACUAGCACAAGGAUGUUUAUGUAGGCACCAGCAAGACAAUAAAAGUUUGGAUAGACUGUUUUGACGGCCG